GUGACAUCAGAGGGGCCUUUAGCUGGAUGGGAAGUAGUUGCUUCCAGUAACAGAUACUAACCGGGCCGGUGGCUGUUUGGUAAGGGGCUGGCGGACCUAUACACAUUAAUUAAUUAUUAAUUAAUUAGGGAAUGCCACGAAUAUGAAUGAUAACUGACACUGGAAGCCUGCUUUAUUGUUAUCUGAAAUUUAUAAUGUGAUAAGUGACUGUCACCAGCUAUUCUUCUGUCCCUUCCUAUCAGGCUCUCUGGAGCCUAUGCUAUGAAUACCAGCUGUAUAAUACUAGUUUAAUAUGUGUAGAUAAGUUAUUUGGGGUUUAAUUAGUGUCAUUCAUUUACUGAAUGAAAAAUUUAAAUUGUGAAAUUACCUUUUUUUUUUUUUUUUAUGAAUACCUGUUAAUAGGCUGAUUUAUUGUUUAAUUAGCCACAUGAUUGAGAACUAAUCUAUAAUAAGUUGUGGUAUUUUAUUACGAGAAUUUGUACAUGAAGGACAAAAUGCCCAUCAAAAAGAUUUGAAUCCUUUUCUUUAACUUUUUUGUUGUUGUUGUUGUUUACAUGUUGUUAUUUAGAUUGGACGGUUUACACACCUCCAGAAGAUGUUCUUAGGAACAUUUAUUGCUGCAUAUUCUGAACCCGGCAUUAAACUGUUUUGAGCUUGUUUUCUACAACAAAUAAUUACUACAGUUAUGUACUAAACUGUAAAGUUAAAAAAAAUAAUCUACUGGUCCAAAAGGUACUAAAGCCCAUCUACUUACCUGUCAUGAUAAUCUAGCUGUCCUGAUACAUAAAAUAAUUUAAGAUUUCGCCCUGGACAUUGGCAGGGUUAUUAUCCACUGAACUCAACAUUUUUGUGAUGACAUCUGUAUAGAAAAACAGAGACAAAAAAAAAGCUGAUCUGGAAAAAUUCUUCAACCUUGCUAUCAUCACAACAUUGUUGACUAUUAUUGUCUGCCUCACCUAUAGUUUCUACUUCUACCUCUGUGUGUAUGUGCACAUGUGCCAGCUGUGUGUAAUGUGUGUGUUUAUGUGAGCUAUUUGCUGGCUGAGUGUAGUCUGUGUGUAAUCUGUUUGUGUACUUUGUUUUACUACCCUCCUGCAUAGCUUUAUGCAUUGACUGUAACUGUGGUCCUUUUUGGGAGGUUAAAGUGAAUGCCACACUACAAGGAGCUGUUACUGUAGUCUGCACAUGCUCUAAGUAGUGGCAAUGGUGCCAGAACCCUAUCCUCCCAGGAUGCCUAUAUCGCUUCUUCUGUCAGUUGUGUGCAAGUUUUCAAAUCCUUGGUUAGAGUAGGUCAGAGUAGAUAUUAUGAUGCCUGGAGUACUCCUCUAACUACACUUGCUUUUCAAAUAGCUGUUUUAAGCCCUUCAUAAAAUAAGUUUGAUAAAUGUUUCCAAAUUGUGAUUAUGAUAUGCAUGUGAAGACACUAACAAUCUGUAAAUCACUGCACAAUGUCACAGCUGACUUUCAUGUGAAUAAAUCCUGUUUUAUCAGUGUGUUAGGAAUUGAAUCUAGUUAUGAUUGCUUUUUGUUGUCAGGAUCUGAUUGUUUUCUUGAACAACUAUGGGUCCUCGACGGAAAUCGGUAAAGCCGUGCAGAACCAGUAUGGAAGGUUCUGAACAUGACAAAGACAGUGAUCCUAAAGAUUAUAUGAACCAGCUGUCUCAUGAAGUCCUUUGUCACAUUUUUAAGUAAGUAUGAUGGGAGAUGGGGAACCUUGUGCCAUGUGUUUCCUAAGUGAAAGAAGGUUAGUUUGACACAAACUUCUUGUAUAACACCUGUAUUCCAAAGCUUACCCAAGAGGAACUAGCAGUUCUAUGACUGUACUGUGGCCAUAGAUUGUCUUGUUUUCCUUAUUUUCUAUUCCACUAUAUAGUUCAUGGUCUCUAUGGUGUGUAGGAGAUCCACAAGAUCAAGUAAAAAACAUACUUUUUUUAAAUUUAUUUUUUAAUUUUAUUUUUAUAAAUAGAGGUUGACUCAAUGGGAGGUAUUGCUUAAAUUCCAAAAGGCUGGGGCCACAUUCCUUGGUGCAUUGUUUGUUUGUUUUUACUAGGGUUUUAUUGUUAUUUGUAUAACUCGCCAAUGGGGCAGUUCAGAAAUGGAAAAGCAUGUUGUCAGGAUGAAAUCUUUGUACCUGUUCUAUCGCCUGUUUUUUGUUGUCUUUUUGACACUUCCAGCAAAAAACAAACACCAUAACCACUACAGACCACUUCAAUGAGAUGAAGUGGUCUGGGUGUCUAUAAUGUCCCUUUAAAUUUAUUUUAUAUUGUAAGACUGGGUGUAGGGGGCUGGGCAACUCUGCAUAACAGGGAACAACCAUGAUUCUGCCUUUAGAAGUGGUCAUGGAGCAAAUAAUAUAUAUGUGCAUAAUUUCUGCACAGUCAGAGAUAUUGGCAGUUUUAUGCAGGAGGCUAGUGACUUCCCCGGCACAGAGCUUCCUAAUGUUAAGUCUGUGCAAGAAUUAUGUCAGUUGUCUGUGUGCACUAUGCACUGAUGCUAGACUUAAUUGGCUUCUACCCUGGCAGGCAGCGCUGGGAGUGCACCUGCAAGGGGAAUCUAAUAUGUCCCCUCCCUUCCUUAUUUCAGCAUACCUACAUCCUUAACAUGUUUAGAUUUUUUAUUUAUUUAUUUUUUUCAUUCUUUCUUCCUUCCUACCGCACACUCCUGGCUCAGAUUGCAUGCAUGCACUCUGAACUAGUGAGAACAGACCAAUCAAAUGCUUCUCUACGCAAAACAUUUAAUUGGACCACGGGAAGGGAAGCAAUGACUGCUGACUGGGCAUGGUGUUGGCCAAGUGAAUAAUUCCCAAUAGGCAUUUAAAAAGUUAUGUUGGCUAAAAAGACAUGCAUGGCAAGCUGCAUGACGUAAUUAUACAAACCAUAUUUUAUAAAAUGUUUAUGCUUGUCUUUAACACUGCUUUAUGUAUCAUAUGGUUGUUAGGAAAGCUUUAUUAUGGUUACAAUAUUAUUUACUACAUGUUUGGCUUUAGAUGUGUGUUAAUUACAUGAUCUUUAUAAUUUAGAAAUACAUUCUGUUUAAAGGCCCUGUUCAUUAGUUCUGAGAGUGGCCACUUGUGUUGUCCUGUUAAUUCCUAUCACUAUUAUUUAUAGACCUACUAGUUUUCCUUGUACUUGAGAAGCAUUAUGGCUAGUUAUAUUUUAGUGCAUAUUCUGCUGAAACAAGCUUCAUAGCCUCAUAAAUAUUUUUAUUCUAACAUGAACUAAUCAGUUUGAAAGAAUUGCACGUAUGAUAUACCGGUAUUCAGGAAAAAAAUCGGUUACUAGCUUAACAUCGUAAAACAAUGAGGUUUAUAAAAUAACUUAAUACAUAUAAUGUGCUCUCUAUGCAGGUACCUCCCUUUGCAAGACAUCAUGUGCAUGGAAUGUCUCUCCCGCAAAUUAAAAGAAGCUGUAACACUGUAUUUACGUGUUGUGAAGAUGGUUGAUCUUUGUGCGGGACGUUGGUGGGAAUAUAUGCCAACAGGUUAGUUCUCCUUAUAAAGAGUGAAUUACCAAUGCAUAUAUUUGUGUUCUAAUUAUGUGGUUUUUUUUUAGAUGCUGACACACACAAAUGCUUAGAUUUAGAUAAGUUUUAAAAAUAAAAUGUUACAUUUUAUUUUUAAAUCUAAAAUGUCUAAUCUAAAGCAUAGCAAACUAUAGAACAGCCAUCUCAACUUCUUGUUGUCUAUUGCAUAAAUGUUUGUAUAUAAUCUGUCAUUUGGCACAUAAGGUAUUUUUCUGUGCAUGUUUUAUAAAGGAUAAGCUUGGAUAAGCCACUUGUACAUUAAAUGACAUUGAUUUAGGGAUAACAUUAAAUCAAAAGGACUUGGGAACAAUUCUAGAUCACAAACUAGGCCACAGUAUGCAAUGCCGUUGCAAAAGCUAGUAAGGUGUAUAAAAAGGGGUACUGAUUCACAUGAUAAAAUAUUAUUUUGCCUCUUAAUAAGUCAAUGGUAAGAACCCACCAUGAACAUGCGUUUUAAAGAAGGAUAUUGCAGAACUAGAAAAAGUGCAGAGGGAAACUAUGAAAUUAGUGGAAAACACUAGUUAUGAGGGAAGGCUAGAAAAACAGGAUUUGUUUUCUUUACAAAAAAGGAAACUCAGAGGGGAUUUGAUAGAAAUAUACAAAUAUAUGCAGGGUCAGUACAAACCGCUAACUGUGCUAACUUGUUCAUUAGCAGAAUUGUACAGCAGGUAAGUGGUCACUCAUUGAGACUGGUAGAAAGUUGUUUACAGUUAAAGCGGAGGAAAGGGUUCUUUACAGUAAGAACAAUAAAGAUGUAGAAAUAUCUGCCUAAGCAGGUUGUCUUCUAUAAAUGUUUGUGUUAAAAAAAAAAAAAAAAAAGUCUUGGAUGCUUUUUUUGAAUAAACAGAAUAUUCAAGGAUAUAAUUGAUAUGUGUGUUCACAGAUUCCAAGGAAAAAUCCGAUUGCCAUCAUGGAUUCAAGAGAUUAUUUUUGUUUCCCCUCUUUUUAGCAUAGUCUACAAUUGGCUGUUUUGCCUCCUUUUUGGAUUAACUGCAUAAAAAAGGGUUUCCUAGUUAAACGUUAUAUUUGGUUUUUUUUCAACAUAGACAUAUAUGUGGAAUUAGUACAAAUCUCUAUAAAUUAAAAUUUAUAUGCCUGUAAAUCACCCAUAUUUUUUUAAACUUUGAGCUUGUUGGCUAUAAUUACCUGUCAUUUUAGCUGAUAAAUUAGAAUUGUGCAUGUUUUAUUAUACGUGGUUUUGUUCAUUACUGCUUCUUUCACUCGUUUCUUUUAUCCUAGGCUUCACUGAUUCCAGUUUUCUUAAGUUGCUAAAGAAGAUGCCUGACAUAGAGCAGCUUUAUGGUCUUCAUCCGAGGUAUUUGGAAAGGCGAAGAGUUCGAGGCCAUGAGGCCUUUAGUAUCCCUGGUGUGCUAGAAGCUCUGCAAUCCUGCCCAAACCUCCUCGUGAGUGCCUUUUUAAUGUCACCCAAGGACAUUGUACCAGACAUGGUGUUACAAUAUAUUUCUGUUGUCAUCUGUCUGUUCUGUUCACCAGUACGUUAAUACUAGUAAUGUUAAAAAAAAUAUAUAUAACAUGCAUCAGUGCAUUCCAUGCGCUUGUUUAACUUGUUGUAAUAUGUGACCUCUGCAAUCUUUUUAGCAUCAUCACCCUUUUAUAGCUUAUUCUUUACUUGAUGUAUAUAGUUAACAUGUUUGCAGAGAGUAUAAAUAUUGAUCAUUUUUGAAGGGACGUUAUAGGCACCCAGACCACUUGAUCUCUCUGAAGUGGUCAGGGUGCUAUCCCUCUAUCCCCCAUAACACUGCAAUGCAAAACAGUGCAGUUUUAGUUAAAUUGCAGUGCUAAGACUGCCUCUAGUGGUUGUCCACCAGACAGCCAGUAGAGGUGCUUGCUGCAGGUUCAGAGUUUGACGUCCUCAUGCUUUGCAUGACAUCCAUCUUCUUUAAUAUCCCUCAUCACAAAGCAUAGAUGCAGUGCUUUCCUAAGGGGAAGGACUAAUGAGUGUGUGGUGCUCCCCACACAUGUAUCAGGUUCCCCUUAUUUGCUGACACCAGAAGAGGAGGAGCCCGACCCAACAGCGAAGGACUUCGGUGCUGGAAUCAGGCAAGUGUAAAAUGGUGUUUUUAACCCUUUAUUUGCUAGCAACAAUACAAUGUUACUUAAAAGAGGGGAAAAAAAAUGAAUACUUUUUUUUUUUUAACAGUCUGAUUUCAUUAAUAAAUUGCUUUAGCUUUAUUUUAUGUGUUAAGCGUGUCCCCUCUUUUUAAUUCCCCUUAAAUUGAACUUGUCUGCAGCUUUCCACAGCUAAAAUGUUACAAAAUAAACAUACAAAAGUUUAGAAAAAGACCUUAAUCCCGGUGUCAUUCUGUUAAUCAAGCUAUACACAGCACCAUGGCUACUUUAGUGAUUUGAAGUGGUGAUGGUCCUUGGAGUCUGUAUGUGCAGCUUUAGAAUAUGACAUUCUGCACAUAGUGUGAUAUUUUAUAGUGCUGUCAGAGAUAACCACCGUCUGCAUGAUUAGUACUUCAUUUGCAUGCCUGAAACGAGUUUCAAGCUAGCUAAUGUCAAUUCUGUGCAUAUUCUUUGCACCGUAGGUCAUUCAUUGGCUGAGAGAGCACAGCUGAUGCUUUCUGCCAGUGAAUGGCAGGUGUGAUUGGCAUCCGUCUUCUGUAACUCUGUAGAAGCCAGAUUUGCGUCACCCAGCAUCAGAGAAGGUUUGACGCGGGGACCUGGGUAAGAGGACAAAAUUAUCGUUUAAGCAAAUACAAGAAUAUGUAUGCUAUGUAAUUUUAUUUUAGUAAAGUAAAAACAAAUUUAAUUGUUCUCCAAUAUGAUUAACUUGUUAAACUGGACAUAGUUCACCUUAAUUUCAGAAUUAUCUGUAUUUCUAAUCGUACAUAACAAAUUAAGUUCUGCUAUAAUCUGAAAACAUAUUUUUCUAAAUAUGAAAUCCUAAUUAGGUUGGAAAUAUUAAAGAUUAUACCAAUCGGCAUGAAUGAAUCUUUACAUUUUUAAAAAUCACGAUUCCAAUCAAGUCUUACUGACUUGUGAUUUAAAUUGAAUCCACCAUGCAUGUUUGUAACACUGAAAUUAAUUUGUCGUCUUUUAUAGAAAGCAUGGUUUGUGCAUAUUAGAAUAUUUGCAUCUUACAUAAACUGUUUUAACCAGGGUGUGGAGACUUCUCAUUUAGAACUUGUGGAAGCCAUAUGGACAUACAUGCCACAGGUGCAUAUUUUGGGAAAAUUUAGGAAUCGUAAUGGAGCCUUUCCAAUUCCACCAGAGAAUAAGCUGAAAAUUCCCAUUGCUGCCAAAAUCCAGACUUUGCACUUAGUGGGUAAGAAAAUAAUACACUGUAGAGAAUGGUUUGUGUAAAUGUGAUAUCCAAAGCUGAGAGUAGGUUCAGGUUGCUCUAUGCACCAUCACCUUUGCAAUUAUGCAAAUUUUGUUGAUGCUUAGGCUGCGAUGUAGUUCCCUUACUGAUGACAGAGUGGAUCACUCUUCUUCUUUUCUAAUCUGUGCUACUGGUGCUCGUUAUAUUGCAGAACAUGUCCUUCAGGGUUGCGAGGGUAAUGCUCUACAUCAGACAUAGGCAGCCUUCGGCACCCCAGUUGUUUUGGACUACACCUCCCAUGAUGCUUUGCCAGCAUUAUGGGUAUAAGAGCGUUAUGGGAGAUGUAGUCCACAACAUCUGUAGUGCCAAAGGUUGCCUAUCCCUGCUCUACAGUGUAAGCAAUGAGAGCAGCUGCAGGCUCAACAAGCUGUGAGUGGACACAUGUAUUUUAACGAGUACCCACUGGUGUUUUUAUUCUCCUUGCAUUUUUUUCUUUUCUCCUGCUACAUGUCUGUUUUUUGUAAGAACAAAAAGUUUUAUUUUUGUGAUGUUCUUUCAGUCUGCAUUGCAUAAUUUCUAAUUGAUAGCUGCUUUUUGACCGUGCUUGCGCAUCAUUUACUGGCAAAAGUUUAGUGACAACAAUAUAUUGGGGUGGGGGUUUUGUGUGCAUGUGAUCACUGUAACAAAAGAAUCACGUGUUACGAAAUGCUCCCAUGGGGAAAAUGUCUUUCUACUGUCUGUGCUACUGCUAGCCCUGUCCUCAAAUGUGAGUCAGUGUAUGUACAUAUCUCUCAUAUAUUAUUUCAAUGUGUGUGCACCUUUAAAGUGACACCCUAGGCACCAAAACAACUUCAUUCAGUUGAAUGAAGUGGUGUUGGUGCACAGUCUCUUUUAGUCUUACAAUGUUUACAUUUAGGCUAAACCUUCCCUGUUGUGACUGCCACCACUAGAAGCAUUUCCUCAUAAAAACCUUAAAAUAUAUAAUGUCUUCACAUGCUGCUCACCAGGAUUAUGCUAAACACUGUUAAUGCUUACCAUAGAGAAGUACUGGAUUCAGUGCUUCUCUUUGAGAAUCAUCUAAUUGGUAUAGUGUGGAGAUUACCACAUGCACUGUCUGCCCCCAGUGCUUCUAUCCUUAUUGGUGAUGUCAGAAUGUGAAACUGCAACUGCAUAAAAGAGGGGUAAGCUAAUAAAGAAAACUGUAUUAUGUUUCAACCAAAAGCGCAGCAAAAAAUAGCAAAUUGUCUCCAAAACAGAAAUUACUGACCUUUAUGCCUGUUCUUUAAUUUUGUUGUUUUCUUGAUUGGUUUAAUUAUUUAUUUUUCUUAACUUGGACAUUUUUAUUUUCCAUUUUUUACAAAAGGGGUGAAUGUUCCAGAAAUUCCCUGCAUUCCGAUGCUGCGUCAUCUAUAUUUAAAAUGGGUGCGUCUCACAAAGCCUCAGCCUUUUAAAGACUUCUUGUGCAUUAGUCUGCGUACCUUUGUGAUGCGAAAUUGUGCAGGUAAAAAAAUUAGUUUUUUUAAAAAAAUGGUGAAUUGUUUCUAAUAUGUGAGUACUUGCAAAAUAAUAAGAGGCCAAACCCCAAUGAGACUCAAGUAGUACAUCUCAAUCUAAACCUGUAAUAUUAUUAUGCCAAUGGGUAAAAGUGGGAAUGGUGCUAUCUGAGAGGAAUGAUGAGUGCUCCAAUCAUACUGUUUUUCGGUGAUGGCAAUAAGAACUGUGCCGUGCUGAUCCGACGUCUAUCGCUGUUCACCCUCUCGAGAUCUGGUAUUAAGGAGUGCUAUAUCCGUAUUUGCUUAGUUGUUACCAAGCUUGGUAGCUAUAGGUAUACGAUACUACACUGCUGCAGUAACAGAUUCAACUAGCUCACUAGAUCACAGGUUAAAAGGACAGUGCUCCCGUGCCUUGAUUGGCACUUAAAUAAAUUCCCACAUACAGUUCCCUUAAACUAAACGGCUUCCCUCCCGUGCCUUCAAGGGCACUUACUGCUAGUCCCGCUAGGCUAUUGAACCAUGAUCCUUACAAAAAUAUAGCGUGAUCGCCAGGUGGAUAAGUGAAAAAAUAAUUAAAGCAUAAACGCAGUGGCAAGUCCGUGUGCUAACACUAAAUUAUAAGAGUAGCACUGCAAGAACCCUUGACGCACGCGUUUCGCCCGACCUCCUUUUUAAAGUCAAAUUUUUCAUGUUUUUGUAUAACAUUUUUAACAGUGCCGGACUUGCUCCCUGGGAUACCGGGAAGUUUCCUGGUGGGCCGCCAUACUAUUGGGCUCCUUUACUGUGGUUUGUCUGUUCGGGCAAGGUACAGACCUACAGGGAGUGUCGGGGGGGGCGCUAAUGGGACACAUGGGAGCUGGAGCGGGGGCUAUAAUGGGACACCAGGGGGACUAUAGGGACACAGUAGGCCUGGGGAAGGGGCUAUAAUGGGACACAUGAGGGGUGGGGAGGCUAUAGGGACACAUGGGGCUGGGGGUGCUUAUGGGGACACAUGGAGGCUAAAGGGAAAGCAUAAGGGCUGGGGAGGGAGUAUAGAGAACACAUGGAGGGCUGGGAGGGGGGUAUAGGGACACAUGAAGGGCUGGUAGUGGGGGGCGUUGAUUAAAUGCAAAUUCACGUCUGCUUACAACAGGUCUGCUCUUGUUUAUUUUGAAGCCAUUUGAGUGCUUUCUUUUACGUUUGAGUGAUAGUUUUCAGUUUUUUGUUUUUUUUUCUGCUUUCAUAUCUGCACACUAUGCUGGCGCGAUGCAUUAUGGGGCUGGUAUAGAAUUUUUUUUACAGGCCUGAUUUUUAGUUCCCAGUCCGGCCCUGAUUUCUAGGUCUUCAAAAUUUAAUUUUGCACGGAUGUAUAGCUAAAGUAGCCCUGUCCAGGAUGCAAGAUCUUAUGGAGAUAAUGAAAAUAUACUCACUUAUCUGAUGUUGGCCUCGAUUUUAUUAUUUUUGCAUAAGCUUUUCAAGUGAUUGAAUAUCUUUCCAUUAAUGUGUUAAACAAUAUUCUAAAAAAUAUUUACGUUUUUUACAAUAUGAUAUUUAAAAAAAAAAAUUUGAAAAAAGUCAUAUUAAAAGUUUAUUGAAAAAUAUGAUCUUCCCUAUCAACAAACUAGUGUAGGAUCAAUAAUGUGAGCAAUAGCAAAUAAUUCAAUUUCUAGUCUAGAUUCAAGACUUGUCAUGUAAACACUAGCGGACAUAUGUCAUUAGCUACCUUUUAAAAGUGGGAUCUCGAGGAUCUCAUUUCUCCUAUGGAAUAGCCAUCAGCCUCUCUAGUCUUCAAUCAUUUAAGAAGUGCCUUAAAACCCAUCUCUUUAGGAAAGCUUAUGGCCUCCCAGAGUAACCUCUACCUCACAUACCUGUCUCUUACUCUCUCCUAAAGUCUGAAUUUCUUGUGCAUGGGGUUUUCAGUUUUUUUUUUUUAUAUCACAUUUUAUCAAAAUGUUUUUGCAGAAGGUGGGAAUGUCUGAUUUGUUUAUUUUUCAUUUAGGACUUAUUGUCUAUCACUUGUCACAUUUGCAUAUAACUUCAUAACAUUUUGAGAUUGUGGGGAAAACAAAAAGUAUGAUUAAACAUUUUCUCCAGCACAAUAUUUUUUAAAUGGACUUGGGUUGAAUUUUAGACCACAUGUAUGAGGUUUUAAGCCUACAGACCCUCUGCUUACCUCAAAACAAAGUGAACCUGUUUGUAUGCAUGGCCAAGGCAAAAACUAUAGUGCAACAAUAACAAACUUGUCUUCCUGACACUUUAGCUUCCCCCUCCCUUGCGCCCCCCCCACCCCAGUGGGACAGAAGGGUUUGUCACUUACCUGGGCCAAGGGUCGAUGUCCCUUAAUGCUGGUUUGGAUCCGCCUGCGCUCCUGACUCCGCCGGCUGACAUCCUAAUGUGCGACUUAAUGUGCAUGCACGGCAAUAGCUGUGCUCACAUUAUACAAUGCUUUUCUAUGGGGUUUUGUGUGACGCUGGAUGUCCCCAUGCAUAGCAUGAGGGCUUCCAGCAUCUGUUAGGCGACCAGAAGUUGUCCAACAGCCCCGAAGUUGUUCUAGUGGUUGUCUGGUAGACAGCCACUAGAGGUGGAGUUAACAUUUGAAGGUAAUCAUUGCAGUUUCUUAAAACCUGCAAUAAUUGGCUUUGCACGGUUAAGGGACUUGGGACAAAACACCUAGACCACUCCAAUGAGCUGAAGUGGUCUGGGUGCCCCAUGUGUCCAUUUAAGUGCUCAGCAGUUUUAAGCAUGUGGAAAUAAGGCAAACGUUUGUUGCUAUGGUAAAAAAACAACUGGUGUGCCCUCUUUGAGUCUUCAUAAGUAUCUGGUAUGUUUCUAAAAGUAUUCUAUCGCUUUUCAAAUAAUCUCCCUGUUUGGAUCUGAAUGUAAGCAACAUAUCUGUGUCUGGGCCUUGGACACUUACAUACCAGCAUCUUGCACAAUGGAUCUGCAACUACUCUAUAAUCUACAAGGGCAAAUCCUGUUGGGGUAUCUUGUAGCAGAUCUAUUGUUAAAGUUUCUGGAAUGUAAUUGUCCAAGAUCCAAAUAUUGAGAUUCUGUUUAGAUACAGUAGCUUACUACAGGGACUUAUUUUGGUUUACUGUCUAGUCUUUAGUUGGAUGGAGUGUUUCUUACUUAAACUAGGUUAGAAAGCUUGCUUCUAUGUCUACACCUGACAACUUAUUUAGUUUUACAAGUACAUUGUUUUUGAACUAUGGUUUUAGACAUUCACACAGAUGAACUAUGCUGAUUCACCUCUUGGGUGCAACUUUAAACUCAAAUGACACAUGUGUAAACCUGUCAGAUGAGUUGGGCUGCUGACUAAUUUUUCUUUUAGAAAUGCAUAUAGCACACUGUCAUUUAUUGAAAUUUGUGAACGUUAAAAAAAUUAAAAUUAAAAAAAUUAGUAGGCAAUAUUUGUAUUUAUUUUCUUUUUAAGGUCCUACAAACUCCUUGAAGUAUGUGCCAUUGGUAACCGGUCUGGCUUCUGCUCGCAACCUGGAACACUUAGAGCUUGUGCGAGUUCCUUUUUUGGGGGGACUAAUUCAGCACGUGGUGGAGGACAGCUGGCGUUCUGGUAUGUAAACACAAACUUUGAGCAACUUCAUUGAUUGUGAAGCAUCAACAGGCAUCAACAAUCCAAGUAUACUAUUUGAGUACAUUUAUUUAAUUUUCUAUUUUCUUUCCUAAUGGUUUGGAGCAUUUGGUAUCUCAGGCAUUACUUCAUUUAAAAGCUAAAAUAUGUAGAUUGACUCAUUUAGCUUUGUUAGUAAGAUGACAAUAUGUGGUAUAUCCAUUACACAUUGUAUACAGAUUUAUAUAUAUAUAUAUAUAUUUUUUUUUUCUUGUUCGGUAUGAACAUCUCAUAAUUGUAUUAACAUAGCGAUCUUUUAGACACCAUGCAGCAAUUAUUUUUAUGCAUAUUCCAAAUUAAUGUACACAGGAUAUUAAUAAUUAUAUGUAUAUAAUUAUAUAUAAUUCAUGUCCUGUGUACAUUAAUUUUAAAUAUGCAUACAUAAAAAUGCUAAUAUUAGAUUGGAGAGUUUGUAUUUGUGUUCAUCUGUGCUUCUCCACUAAAUAGGAUGCUUAAAUGUGAUUUGUAAGGGGUGCAAUUAUGAAUCUUUUUUCCUUUUUUGUAUGGGAGGGGGAGAACAGUUUAGACUGUAAUGCAUGCACAACACCUGUGUUUUUUGUUUUUUUAAUCACUUUUAUUUUUAUCUUUUUCCUUCUCUUUUCUUUAUCAAAUACAUUACAAAAACUUUACAGAAAUACAGAAAAAGAGACAUUUUCCCUUUAUUCCCCCUUUUCUUUUCUCAUUCUAUGUUAAUUAAAUUUCAAUAUAAUCAUGGUUCAUUGUGUUUACAUUAUUCCUUAAACAUAUAAAGAUAAAGUUCCCCUAAAUCACCCACCCACCCUCUGCUGUCAAUCAGGGAGUACUGCCCAAAUAUAUCUUCAAAAACCUUUAUAUCUUUCUUUUUUAACCUCUUCCUCUGUGGCUCAAUUUUUCCAAGAAUGAGCUCAAUGUUGUGUAGCUCUUUUUUUGUAUCCACAAUCCUUUCUCCAUUUUCAAUUGAUAUAUUAAUUGAUUCUCUACUUCCUGCCACAUUGGAGUAUCUAUUUUCCUGGUUAUUUCGGUCUUAGCCGCCGUUAGAAUAUGUAUAACAAAAUCUCUGUUAUACUUUGACCAUAACACCAAUCCUAUAUGUAACAAACACAAUUCUGCACAGAGAUUAACAAUCUUCCCAAUAAAAUAUUAAAUUUUGAUUCUUUUCAUUUCCCAAAAAAGCUGUUUCGGUGGACAUUGCUACCAUGUAUGGAUAUAAUCUCAAUUAUUCAUACCACAUCUCCAACAAUUAUUACGUAUUAUUGGGUAUAUCCUAGAACGAAAAGCAGGUAUUCUAUACCACCUAUUCAUGAUUUUAUAAUUUGUUUCUAUUAUAUUUAAACUAUGUAUUACUUUAUUUAUAUAGUCUAAAUAAUACAUCCAGUCUUCUUUAUCAAUUAAUACAUUUAGAUCUUUUUGCCAUAUUUCAAGGGGUUUUAUUUAUAGAUUUCUGCUCCCCUUCUAUUAAUCUACUACAUUGUGCUGACAACCCCUUAUUUUCUUUUUGAAAGAGACCAAUAUGUCUGUCUACUUGUUCUGCAUUCCCAGUAUAUAGAUGUUUCUUAAUAUACCCCUUUACCCUCAAGUAAUUGAAUAUUUCAGUAUUCAUUAAGCCAUAUUCUUGAUGUAAUCGUCUAAAAGACUAUAUUUCCCUGUGAACCAUCAUAUUCUUAAUACUUAUUAUGCCCAAAUCUUUCCAUCUCUCUAGUUUUAUGUUUUGAAUAUUACAUUUUAAGAUCUCAAUAUCAUCUUCCACAAUCAAUUUAUUCUUUAGAACCAUACUUUUCCUAAUUUUUUCCCAAUUCUGGGAUAUAUCGAAGAUGGUUUUAGGAAAUAUAUUAUAGUUUUUUCCCUUCUUCCUUUCACACUGUGUUUUAUCUGGAUCUACAGUUGUCCAAAACAAUAUACUUAAGUUUUUGUUUUUCAAUAUACUUUGUUCAGUUUGACACCAACUUGUCUUAAUAUUGUUUUCCUGUUUGGUUAUUAUAGUAUGUGAUAGUCUACUUGCCCUAUAGACUUGUUCCACAUUAGGCAUACCCAUACCACCUUGAAUGGUUCUUAACAUCAAUAUUCUAGCACUUAUUUUGGGGGGUCUUAACUUGCCAUAAAAAUUUCCUGAAUGCUGUCUGUAUCAUUGUUAGCCAAGCCCCUGGGAAAUUAAGUGGGAUUAGUCUAAAUAGAUAUACCCAUUUACGGAAGAUAUAAGAUUUAAAAAUAUUUAUUCUACCCCACCAAGAAAUUGGGAUUUUUUUCCAAUCCAAUAAUUUUUUUUAUUCAUUUCUUUUAAUAGAGGUAAAAAACAUUAUUUAUUUUUUUUUUGUUUGUUUUGUUUUUUCACAAUUGUUGUUAUAUCUGUUUGCUAAUUUGGAUUCCUAGAUAAUUAUUGAAUUUAACUCCCACUUAAAUCCAUAUCUAUCACUCUCUUCAAUAUUACUACCUAGCGCUAUGAAUUUUUCAAUAUUCAAUUUAUAACCUGAUAUCUUUGCAAACUUAUCCACAUUAUUCAUCACUGCCUUCAUAGGGUUACAUGGAUCUUGUAGUGUUAAAAUAACAUCUUCUGCAUAUAAAUUUAGCUUAUAUUGCAUCUGCAGCUCUAUACAGUCAUUAAAGAAAAAAAUCCAAGCACCAAAACCAGUGCAACAGGUGUAGUAAUUAUGGUGUCCAGAGUGUCCCAGUGCCUUCCCAUGGUAAGUAGUCAAACUGCCUACAAGCAUUUUGACAACUUACUUUGGGUUCACCGGGCAUCUGUCACAAUGCAAGUGAGAGCUCUCAGACAAUGUGCCAAACCCAGGAAGACAGCCACUAGAGGUGUAUUUAACCCUGCAGUGUAAAUACUGCAAAACUCCAAUAUUUUAUAUUGCAGGGUUAAAAUGACAGGAUCACUGUACCCAGAUCACUUCACUGAGCUGAUGUGGGCUGGCUGACCUAAGAAGUGCUUUAAUGCGGUCUAGAACAGACCAAAUUCUGUCCGCAAUGUCUCAUUACUUGGUCGCAGUGCAUUUGUUGAGUAUGAUUUUAAAGUGACAUAGUAUUUAACCCCUUAAGGACGGGCAUUCUAUGCCGGCCUUGGGGACCCGGUCCUAAACACAGUCCUAUGUACUUACUCGGUUGCCGGCGAUCCUACGCCAACGAUUGCGGUGGGGGGGACUCUCUUGCCAUCCCAGGGAGUCGUCCUGCUGCCGUUCUGGGGACCUUGCGAGGACCUCAUGAUCACAUGGACGGCAUAGCCGUGCACAGCUUUGCCAUCACGGAGACUGCCUGGAAUGACAGUUUCCCUGCUGGCUGUAAAAUGAAUAAAUAAAGAUUAAAACAGUGUAAAAUUAUUAUUUAUAUAGCGCCAACAAAUUCCGUAGCGCUGUACAAUGGGUGGACUAACAGACACAUAAUUGAGAUCAGACCACUGACGUACAGGAACAGAGGGCGUUGAGGACCCUGCUCGAUGAGCUUACAUGCUAUAUAUACACACACACAUUUACACAUACACUGUCUAAGUGUAUUUUAAUAUCAAUAUAUAUUAAUAUUAAAAUACACUAAGAAUGAUAUUGAUUAAAUAUAAUAUUUAUAUAUAAUUUUAAAAAAUAAAUAUGUAAGUACGUUAAAAAUAAAAUUAAAUUUUUUUUAUUUCGUUCUAACUGUAUUGUAAUAUUAAUAUAUAAAUAUACAUAUAUAUGAGGCUACAGUACCUUGCACUCUGGCUUCAAAAUUCCAUGGCCGGGUGCAUUACCAGGGCUCCAUUAUUAUUUAUAUCUAUCUUUAGCUAGUGUUUGUGACCAAGUGGCUACUAAAAAAGACUGGACAUACUCCAUUUGCAAUACCUUGGGUUGUCUACUAUUGCAAAUGGUAUGCCAUCAAGGGGGAAAUUCUUAUUCCUGGGCUACCAUACGGUCUCAAAGGCAACGUAACCAAUCUGGCAAAUUUCAAUGGGAAAAAAACAGAAAAAUGUAACAUGCUAUAUUUGACCCUGUAACUUCCCAAAACACCAUAAAACCUGUACAUAGGGGUUACUGUUUUACACGUAAGACAUCGCUGAAUACAAAUAUGUGCAUUUUAUUGCAGUAAAAACAAACCGUAUUAUGACAGUCCCAGUUAAAGUGUCAUGUAGAACUAAACAAAUUUAAAAAAAUCUUAUUUUCUCCCAUUUUUUUAAAAAUAGUUUAUUCAUAUUAAAUUAGGUUUCAUAGCUAAAUAUUUGAUGUUAAAUGAAAGCCCUGUUUCCCCUGAAUAAAAUUUUAUAUAUAAUAAGUGUGGGUACAUUUUAAUAUGAAAGAAGUGAAUUAUGGUUGGACAGACAUACAGCACAAAUGCCAGGUUUUGUGUAUGUUUUGUUUUGAUCACAACGUCUACAUUUGGCUCAGUCCUUAAGGGGUUAAUAAGUAACAGUAGCAUGUUUGUUUAUUGUUGCCUUCUGAUAUGAAAACAUAUUCCAGUUCUUGAUGAUUCAGAUUUUUUUUAUUUUUUUUUUUUUUAAGAUCUAAAUUAUAUUAGAAGUAAGUAUUGUUUUAAUCUUUUUAUUUUACCCAUUGGCAGGUGGAUUUCGGAAUCUGCACACCAUUGUUUUGGGAGCAUGUAAAAAUGCUCUGGAAGUUGAUCUUGGCUACCUCAUCAUUACUGCUGCUAGAAGGUAUUGUUUAAUUUGCAGGCUUUAAAACUGUAAUAGAUUCAUGAUGUCAAUAGAAAUAAUCUGUAAUACUUAUUGUGAUCUAUGCUUCAAAGUAAAAAAAUUUAAUUAAGAUAUGACCACUUUAACCCUUUAACUAUGAAUGAGUUAUUCCGUCAUGAAUGUCCAUACCUUAAAGACUCAUGACAGAAUAAUUUCUUCAUGCAGCAUAUUCCCUUGGGCCCCACGCUGACUUUUGAGCUACAUGCAGCAUUCACAGUGAGCGCUGCACUGAGCUCUUUAAAUUAGAAUUUAUAUCUCUCAAUGCUACAACUUGGUGUGAUCAGAGCUAAAACCCUACUCACACUCUGGAGACCCACGUGUCAGUCGAUACCUGGUGCUCCCCUCUGUAAGAUGGGCUGUUUUUUUGUUUUUUUUUAGUUAGGUAUAGCAUUAGCGAUUGGAUUAGGAUGAGGUUUAUGAUAAGGGUUUGAGUUAGAUUUAGGAUUUGUUUUAGGAAUAGGAUUAAGAUUUAGGAUUUGUAUACAUGUGCUGUAUUGAUGUACUCAGGAGAUGUUGCCGAGUGCAGUUAAGGUUGUUUUAUUACAGGGACACAUGAGAUUUAAAAAAAAAUAACAGCAAAAAUACAAUGUUUCUAUAAAAAUUUAAAAGAAUGAAAACACAAACUUUUGAAACAUGUCACCUCAAUAAAGCUCCAAAUAUAUCAUGUGUGAGCCCUCUUAGUGUCCACAUUUGCCAAGGAUAUGCAUUUAUGGAGUAAUUUAUUUUUGAUUUGUACUUUUAUUAAAAGUUUUGUCAAACGUAGUCAUGACUUGCAGUAUACGAUCUUUGUCGACGUUGUAUAACAAAUGAGAAACCACCAUCACCUAAAAUAGUUUUUAAUAUAGGAUAGUAGCAUGAGACUCAUAUUGGUCUCAAUCACAGGCCAUUCAUCAGAAAUCUUAGGCGCUCCUUCAUUUGGUAGCAUGAUGUCCUCCAUCUUGUUACCUGUCAGGCUACCGCCUGUACUUUGUAUGACUUUUAGCCAUUAAAAUAAAAAUAAAAGUAUGUGCAGUCCUUAUUAGAUUUGGCUCUGGUAACCGUAUACCUUGAGAAGUGUUUUUCCCUGGUUGCUGGAUCAUGCAUUUAGUUCAAGCAACAAGUUAUGCCACCUUACAGAGUCAUUUAAAUAUGUGAUUUACUAAAAUGCACCAUAGACCCAUCUUUAGUUGGCCAUUUUCUUUUUAUUAUUAUUUUUUCUUUUUUAAACAGCUCUAGGAAGGUUAUAAAUUUAGCCCUGUAUUUUCAUAUAAACUUGGCAAGAGUGUUGGAAUGGAGUAAUUCUGUAGUCCUGAGAUAUAGCGGAGCUCAAUUUAGUAUUUUACAAUUACAAUGGCACAGAUCAGGUUUACAAAAUCGCUAAAGUGCAUGUAAAGAAAUUUUGUUCAUCCAGCAAAAAUUUAAUGUUUAUGUAAAAAAAAAAAAAAAAAAAAAUAAAUUCCAAAGUAAAUUUACCACACAUAAUUGCAUAUACUGGUGAAACAAAUUGAAGCAUGUUAUGGCACAAUAUGAGAUACCCUGAAGUGUCUGUUUUCUUAAAUGGUAGGCCUUUUGUGGGGUAAUUUGAACAAUCAAACUGCUAUAAUGCCCCCAAAUGAGACCUAGUCUUCUCAAAUCCAUCAAAAUUCUAACUGUAACAACUAAAAUAGUCAGAUUUCUUAUAUGGCACUGUAGCAUCACGGUAUAGUGUCAAAAGCAAUCAUUGGGGUAUUGUACUCACAAGAAGUAGCUGAACACAGUAUUGGGUUUUGUACAGAAGUAGUACACAUCAAGUGUAUGAUAUACACAUUUAAAAAAACCUUUUUUAUAUGUACGUAUAUUAAAAAUAUUUACCAGAGAUUGAGGACGGGGCCUGCAUUCCAUGGCGGCUGGAUGUGCCUUGUGUGUGCUCCAAGCCUGAUCUUACAACUCAUUGAAAUUACCACUUUCCAGCGUGCCACAGUCACCCCUUGUAACAUACCUGACCCAGAGACCGGCUUCACCGACUUCAUGGAAAUUCAUCUAUAAUCAAGAGCUUCCAGGUGGGCUUGGUGCAGGCGCUGGGCAGACGAUUUGGCAGCUCUCCAGCUUGUCAUACCACAAAAUAUAUUUUCAAGCUCAAGCUCAGCCCCCCCCCUCCCCCCCCCCCCUUUGGACCGGCGGGGCUUAUCCUGUACUCCACUGGUCAGUAACUCAACUAACUUGGCAAUAGGUUACUGUACCUGCUCCAGUCCUAGAACACUGCUCCUCUGUCAAGAUGGAGGACGCGUCACCACCACAUGGAACAAAGUCGGUACAGUCUGCAGGGGAAUGCCCUGACCGAAUCCAACAAUCCCUACAGAAGCUAUAGGGCAUCUUUACCCGAUUCUGGACCUCUCUGGAGGCAAGAUAACCAGCUCACAUACCUCAGCAACGGGAAGAAGCCUGGAAGGGCACAAAUUUGGCUGUGAGUGGGUCAACCUCGGGCUUUUAACCCCUCACAAGCGCAAACCUCUAAGAUCACUAGCUCACCUGGGCCGAGGGCUGACAGGGGCAAGACCCAAAUGUAUCGCCCACGUAGGCCAAGACACCAAGGCCCCCUGUUACUGCCAUAUUUGAAAGGACUUCAAGAGCUGCUAGGUCCGUGGCAUUGAGAGGGGCUGGAGGGUAGCCCUACAUUGCUCCUACUCUGCUCCUGGCUUUUACACCCUCAGUGAAGACACCAAGUUCUUCCCAAGCUUAGGCAUAGAAUAGACUUACCCAGGCCACUUGGGCAGCGCUCUUGCUUGCACUUACCCUGCUCCACCAUAGCAACUCUUGUAGUUUGAAUGAUAUGAUCCUACUACAUGCUAUUAAUACUAAUGCUGUGGGGUAUUUCACUACUUUUUCCUUUGUCUAUUUUUUAUUGACUGUGUGCAAUACCUUGAUGACCAACUGUGACCCACUGGCAUUCUUAUAUGAAUCUUGUAAUGUUAGCAUGACUAUGCUUCUUCUCAUAAUUAUAUUACAUGUCUAUUUCACAUUCCGACUCUGACAUAUCUGACAAAUUAUUCCUAUAGACUUGUUUGACUUACUUGAUGACCUACUUUAAAAUAAAAAUAUGUGCUGUUGUUUUCUAAAUGUCAACAUUAUGCCUACCAUUGCUGUUGUGGCAAUGUAGGCACUUAUGUACAUUCUGCACAACCAAAAUAAAGAACGGGGAAAAAAAUAAUAAUAAAUAGUAACCAGAGAUUGAGAGUUCAAUGACAAAGUGUGUAUGUGUGUGUAUAUGUAUUUAUAUGUAUGUAUGUAUGUAUGUGAUGUCUACUUGUAUAUACAUAUAUAUUCUGAAUAAUGACAAAUAAAUGCAUUUAUUUAUUUUGAAUAACUCUUCUUAAAGGAACAUUAUAGGGUCAAGAACUCAAACAUGUAUUCCUGACACUAUAAUAUUAAAAACCAAACAAAAAACUAGCUUCCUUCCCCCUCUCCCCCCCUACAUUUUUUAAAAUCUUACCUUUAUCCCUUUAUUCUAGUCUUCUUGUGCUGGCUCUGCCAAUGAUCUGCCUCAUUGGCUGACAUCAUCAGAAGUGCUGAUUUUAGCCAAUCAUAAUGUUUCCCAUAGGAAAGUAUUGGAUUGGCUGAGAUUGUCAAGGAGGCUGAUCGGGGUCAGAGCCAGCACAAGCCAAACAAUGCACCGGCGAUCAAUGCAUCUCUAUGAGGAAAGUUCAGUGUCUCCAUGCACAGGGUAGAGACAUUGAAUGUGCAGCACUGCCCCGGGAAGCACCUCUAGUAGCCAUAUGGGUAGUGGCCAUUGGAGGUGUUCACAGGCUGUAAUGGAAGCAUUGCCUUUUCUCUGAAAAGACAGGGUUUACUGCAAAAAGCCUGAAGGGAAUGAUUCUUCUCACCAGAACAAAUACAUUAAGGUGUAGUUGUUCUGGUGACUAUAGUGUCCCUUUAAGCUGCACUAAUUAUACACCCAUUAUUAUUAUUGACAAAACUGUCCUGAAAUAGAUCACAUCAAAAUAAACCAUUUUUGUUCAUUGACUGACAAUCUAAGCCAGUGGCUUUUCCCUGCACUGAGGUUUUUCUCAAGAGAGCAACGUAGCUUCUAGCUGUUACUUAACAUUUUUCUGGCCCUAUAGUGCCCUGAGGGUGCCCCCACCCUCAGGGUCCCUCUCCCGCCGGGCAGGAUGGAGAGGAAAGGGUUAAAACUUACAUUUUUUCCAGUGCCGGGCGGGGAGCUCUCCUCCUCCUAUCCUCCUCUUCGACUGAAUGCGCACGCGCGGCAGGAGCUGUGCGCGCAUUCAGCCAGUCUCAUAGGAAAGCUGGCGUCUUCUCACUGUGAAAAUUACAGUGAGAAGCACGCAAACACCUCUAGCGGCUAUCAAUGAGACAGCCAUUAGAGGCUUUAGAGGCUGGAUUAACCCAUUUAUAAACAUAGCAGUUUCUCUGAAACUGCUAUGUUUAUAGAAGAAAGGGUUAAUCCUAGCUGGACCAGGCACCCAGACCACUUCAUUAAGCUGAAGUGAUCUGGGUGCCUAGAGUGGUCCUUUAACCCUAGAGAAUGGGUUUGUGGGACCCAGAGGACCCAAAGUAAGAAGGCAAACUGUUAAAUCAAAGAAUCAAUGUAAAAUUCUUGUCUUUUUACUUGUCUAAGUACUCUUUAGCAAUAUGGCCAAUAUUUUUUCAUCAAAACUUUGUUUACUUCUAAGGUUACAUGAAGUGCGCAUCCAACCUUCCCUGACCAAAGAUGGUGUUUUCUCAGCAUUAAAGAUGGCAGAGCUUGAAUUUCCGCAGUUUGAAACCUUGCAUCUCGGCUAUGUGGAUGAGUUUUUGCUUCAGUGUAAAGACAUAUUUUACAAUACCUAAUUUAAUGUAACUUUAUGUAUAGUUGUAUGUGUUUUUUUUUUUGUGAUAAUGGAUCAUUGCAUUAUCAGAGUGCUUAUCGGUACAUCUGUUCAUUGCACUCUGUCCAUGACUACUAAAUUAGUAUGUAUUUGUCAUCUGGUCCAGGUAAGAUGACCAAUGCUGAUCUGAUGAAGUAUGGUCUAGCAGAUGUGGCUGAGAACCCUGGCAUCAUCACAGAUAUUGGAAUGAAAGCUGUGAACGAGGUCUUCUCUUGCAUUAAAUAUUUAGUCAUUUACAAUUGCCCACAUCUUCAUAAUCCAAAAAACUGGAUAACAGGUACAUUAUUAUUACAUUAUUUCCUAGUAUUUGUGUCGUAUUUUUGUUUGUUUCUGUCACAGGAUGAGUGAUGUUUUGGCAUUGCUAUAUAUAAUGUGCACUAUUUUAAAUUUUGUUUUUUAAUUUAAAUUAGUCUUGUUCAAAAUUUUUGUAAAUUUGUUUUCUUAACUUAAAUUUCCUUAAAGAUCACUCUCGUUGGAGUCGUCUGGUAGAUCUGAGUCUGGUGCGCUGCCAUGCUGUUAAGCUAGAGUCAUUUAGCCAGUUUGUGGAAUUGUUACCAAGCUUGGAGUUUAUUUCUCUCGACCAAAUGUUUCGUGAACCUCCAAAGGUACAUGACCUAAUACAAAAUCCAUUUCUCUGUGAUUUUCUGAUUUACUAUGUUUAUUGUGCUGGGUUUUUUUUUUUUUUAUAUAUCUAAAUGAACAUCAAAAAAAUGGUACAUGUUUAUAUUUUAUGUUUGAAUGAAAAAAUUAUUUGUUUUGCUUACAUUAAUUUCAUGUAAUAGUUAUUGUGAAUAUAUAUGUAGGGCUGUGCUCGUGUGGGCCUUAGUGCUGGAACAGGCAUUGGAGUGUCAUCUGCCCUAGUAAGCAAUCAGAACUCCAACAAUGAAAAUGAUAACCACCAGAACAACAAUAACAACCUGCAGCACAAUAACAAUGCACAACAACCCAACCAACAACCAGCACAAGAGGAAGGGAAUGAGGAGGCUCAAGUCAGACCGGAGAACCCUGUAGAGGAAGAACAGAUUGCAGCAGAAGGUAAGAUCUGUUUAUCCAGUAAGUUGAGCUUUAACAAAGCAUGUGUGUACUUAUGAAAGAACUGAUAAGAAAUACAGAGAGCAAUAGUGGCGUUAAUAUCUGAAUGUUAUAAAUAACUGUGUGAACCUAUAAUGUAACUUAAGGCAACAUCAGUCCUCAUUGUUAAAAGAUAAAUAAUAUUUUGGAUUUUAAUUGGACUGAUGUACGUGUAUGUAUGUAUAUAAUUUUUUAAUAAUUUUUAAAUACAUUUUGUAUAGAAUGCAUUUGUUUUACAAAAAUAUCCUUGAAUAAGUAAAUCUGACUGAUUUUUCAGCACUUAAUGAAAUGGAAGAUAUGUUUCAAGAUGAAGUUAGACCACCAGAGCAAGAAGUUCAAAAUGAGGCCCCCGCUGCCAGUUUGGCUAUUAUACCAAUGGAUGUGGAUGAAGAGAGAGCAGGUCAGUAUUACUGCAUCUAUCCAAUGUUCAGAUUACUUCCUCACUGUCAGUUUAUAAACCUCUGCUUAAAAUGUUCCUGUCACGGGACACCGGAUAUUUGUAUUAAAUAAGCCCCCCCAUAUGUGAAGCUUUGUUUUCUUAUAAUAAGUGUAUCAUUGACUUAGCAAGUCCAGUUCAUUUCAGGCACUCUGUGCAAACGAGGAGAUUAAGUUCUAAAAUCUUUCCAAAUCAUUUAUCCACAACAUUUUUCAAAUACUUUAAUGGAGACUUAAUAGAUAAAUCAUUUGGAAUUUUUGUAAAAAACCUUUUUGAAUCAUUUGGAAAGCUUAUUAAAUCAAGGUAUAUGAUUAAUGGCAGAAAAGCGCAACAUGUUUGACUAUGAUUAACAGGAAGCCAAGAAGGGUUUUCCCAGUUCAAAAUUAAAAGUGGGGAUAUCUGCAUUUCAUUUUAUUUUUUUAGACCUCACAUAAGAUAUGUUUUAAAAAAAUAAAUAAAAGUGCAUGGGUAAACAAAAAAAUAUUGGGACAUGAGUCCCCCCUUUAAGCAAUACAUAAUAUAAUACAAUAUAUAAGUAAUCUCUAUGUUAAAUUAAAUAUUUCCUAUGAGCCUGUUAUGACAUGCUUAAUUUUGAGGUAUCUGUGUACAUGGAAACAUAGACUUUGUUUUCUUAAUCCAAUAAAAUUGUAGGACCUAGUGGGCUGCAACCGGCUGUAAAAGCUGCACCAAUCACUGUUCAUGAUUCUGACAGCGAGGAUGAGGAUGACCUUGCUAGUGGUCCCAGCACAAGUAACCCUUCCUUGAACUAUUCCGCUGAGGAAGAUAAAAACAGUAAAGAGGUGGAUCCUAAUGAUGGCACAGGUGAGUAUACGUUUUUUUCUUUUUACAUUCUUUAUUUUGUUGUGCAGUGGUACAGAUAUAAGUAUGCAGUGACCUAUGGCAGAAAUGUAAGCACUGUAUGGGAAACAGAGUUGCUUGUCUUGGUACGUUGCACAUUUUUGAAAUAAAACCAGAUAUGACACAAGAUAUAGAACAGGAUGUAAAACAAGAUACAGGAAGUCGAGCUGAAUAUGCAUCAAGAGUCAUCCUUAAGUGAACGCUCUUAGGGUGCAUGGAUGGAUUGCAUUUCUGAUCCACAAGAGUGCCCGGUAUCCCCGCGCCAACGUAACUGAUAUUCCAAGGUGGGAUUAGAAUGUUGCGUUACCUCCCCAGGCCUAAAUAGUCUACAGCAGUUCAAAGUACACGUGUUUUGAUGCCCAAAAAAAUGAGAAUUACUUUUUGUUACAAUAAUUUUUAUUUGUUUUGACUUCUUUAUUUUUGUUGUGCAAUUGCUUAUUACAGGUGAUGAAGAUGCCACAACAGCUUUCUCAGGUAGUCACGCAUAUAACAUAGAUGAACAGUUGGCAUUAAAAGACAGUGCACAGUUUUUUUUAUAAGGUUAAUUUUACAUGUUACAACAAUUCUGUUUGAUUUAUCCUUGUGUCGCCAUAGGCCCCCCUAAGGUGAUAAGUUACGUGUUGUUAACUUGGUGUUACAUAGCAUGUUCAGCUGUGAUUGGUGUACUAUGGUCGCUUAUUUCGUGUAAGUGGGUCCUAGUGGAUGCUCUGGCGACACAGGUUCGUACCACACUACUCGCCAAUGUAUCCCUAGUCCAGGGCAUUAUUUCUGGGCGUAUUGUGCGUGAACUUAGGUCUCUCUAUCGUUAAGUUGCCCUGUGUGCCUCGUAGAUGAUUGUACGAUGUGUGUGUGUGUGUGUGGUCCUUGACCCCUAACCUAGGGAGCCUCGGGGGGGUGGUGGAGAUGUACAAUUGGUAUAUGAGCAGGCUCCAGCUUGGCGGUGGCUUUUGUGGGGCUUGCGGUACCCGGUAAUUGCGUUAUUGGUACGUGGGACAUAGCCUGUGAGGUGGCCCUUUAACUUAAGGAAGUGUUAUAUGGGUGUGUGCCCUGCUGGAUUCUCUAAUUGGUGCUAAACCCUUGGUAUAUAAGUAAUCGUAGAACUGGUAAAAGAAAAACAUUAUUGUUAACUCUGGUAACUUUUUGUCAGCGGGCUGAGCAGCAGUCAUUUACGUCAAGUGUCCGCUAUCGGGAUUUCCCUUCUCCUCGGUACAAAGGGGACAGUUCUGGUGGGGUCCCAUGUAUGGCAGCUGGUGGGCUCGUCAGUUGGAUCUGGUCUCGGUGGGAGCUUCAGCGCCUUUAGGAAGGAGUCCGCCUCCUGGGUGGAGGUGAGAUGCAGAGUAGUGCCGUUGUGAUCCACAGACAAGGUUUUGGGUGUUGUCCAACGGUAGAUUACCUUGGCGUCUUGAAGGCGACGGGUCACUGGGCGUAGGUGUCGUCUCCAUUGAAGUGCGGACCGUGUUAAGUCUUGAUAAAAGGUAAGACUUGCAGAUUCAAAGUCCAGUGGUGUUUUGCCCUUUAGCGCUGCAAAGAUGGCGUUUCUGUCCGCCUGAGUGUGGCACCUGCCGAUUAAAUCCCUGGUUGUUUGGGGGGGUGCCUGUGGUGAUUUACGGAUGCGAAAAAUCUCUGCGAUGGCAAGUUUUUUGGCCUGUGUGUGUGGCAAUAUGGUGGCUACCAGUCGCUUGAGGUAAUGCGGCAACUCUGACUGGCUGAUGUCAUCGGGGAUUCCCCUGAUUUUUACAUUGAAUUUGCGGCUCCUCUCUUCCGUCGCCUCUAGUUUGCUGAGCAGAGUUGAGUGAGAGGCUUUUAAUUGUGAUACUGUUUCUUUAAGGCUUUUUAUGUCUUGUUGUAUGUCGUUUAUAUCUUCCUCUGUGGAUUUCACGCGGUCCGUGACCGCUUGGACCUCCGUUUUUAUUAUGGCCAUGUCUGCCGCUGACAUUUGUUUUAGUUCCAGUAAGAGGCUUUUAAUAUCCAGUUUGGUGGCUGGUGUUAGCGCAUCUGGGUCAGCCUGUAUGUCAUGGGGUGGCCGUUGGUCUGGUGUAUCCCCCUCAGCAUGGGUCAGGCGUGACCGCCAUCUUUGGGCCCGCCGGGCGCUGGAGCAUGGUGCUAAUGUCAUGGGUGUCUUUACACGCCCCUGCUGCCGCCUGCUGUGAUUUUCUUCCCAUGGUGUCCGAAUCGGUGUGUUCUCUGCUGGCUGUGCGGUUAUGGUGAGUGCUGCGCUGUAUAGCGCCGUUUCAAGGACCCUGUAAUCUGGGUAGGCCUUGGCUUUGCGGCGGACUUUCCGACCCGUCUGCUGGUAUGUAAAGGGUAUCAGUUGGGUGUCUGCUUUGCUCUCCCGGUCUGCCCGUAGGGUUCCAGAGGUAUGUGGGCUCUUUUAGUGUUAUUUUCUCGUUGAUUUUGUCUCGUUUUGUCCGGAGCUCUCCGUGUGUGCGACCGCUUGGUUCCGUGGCUCACUUUUUGUUACAGUAUUGAAAGUGAGAGUGAGUGUAAGACAUCUUUAUAAAUGUACAGUAUAACCUUGCACAUAUGACUUUGGCCUUUAAUCCUUAGGUUCCAGUUUUUAUGAAGUGACUUAUAAUAGUGUUUAAGUUUUUGUACUUUGCAUGGAUUCUGUUUUUGUAGAUUUAAAGUAGUUUUCAUAUAAACACUAUUGCUUUAUGAUAGUCAUUGUAAAAAAUGGCUUAAUUUAGAAUUGUUGUAUUUUUUUUCUGUGCACUGUCAAAACUAAAUAUUUGCUUUCUGGAUCUCUAGUAAAACUUCUUAUGACAAGUAGCUGUAUUUAUAAUCUGAAUAAUUAUAUAUUAUUAUAAUAAACAACUAGGGCUAUAAAAAUGAAGGAUUUUCUAAUUAAAUUCUUGAUAGUUUAAACUUUGGAUAGUGUGCUACUAAUUUCAAUAAUUAGGGGACUUCCUCGAUAAUGAGCCAGAGAACAGAUUUCUACUACUGUUAGCAGGAAGGUGUGGGUGGAAUGUAGCUGACUUCAAUAAAGCGACACGGUAGGCACUCAAACCACUUCAGCUCAUUAAAGUGGUCUUGAUGCAAAGUCCCAUGUCUCUUAACCCUGCAACUAGAGGGCUUCUGCAUGAGGACCUCCAGCAACAGAUUUUUCUGUCAAUCCUAAUGUGAGCGCGGCCAUUGUCGCACAUGCGCAUUAGGUCUUCCCCGUCGGCAGGGGAGGAGCAUGGGCGGAGCUCGACCCACCGCCGAAGGACAGCUGAGCUGGUUUCAGGUAAAUGUCUGAGGGGGUAUUAACCUCUUCAGCGUCGCGGGAGGAUGGCAAUGUAAGAUUCUAUAAUGCCAGGAAAACAGUUUUUUGUUUUCCUGGGACUAUAGAAUCCCUUUAACUCAGUCUUUUUCAGUUUAUAAACAGUUAUGUGGCCACUACUUCUGAGUAUCUUUCACAGCUGUAGUUCCAUAGUUUAAAGGCAAUCAUGGUCUGAGACAAUGACUGGUGUCUCAUCUAACUUUAUAUCAUUGUUUGUUACAGUUGUAAGUGGGAAAGGAAAAGCUCCCCUGCGGAAGAAGUCUCCUAAUUGUGGUACCAAGAUCCCGGUAGAGCAUACCAUUCCAAGUGAAGAGACAAGUUGUGAAAAGGGUUGUCAGGUAACCAGCGAGCAAAUAAAGGCUGAUAUGAAAGCUGCUACUGACCCAUCUGAGCGUAGCAAAAGCAAAGACAGUCCCGCCGAGAUGGGAAAUUCAAAUGCAGUUCUAAAUGCCUGUGAUCCUCCAUCCAAUAGCAUGGACAAUAAUCAAGCUUUGAAUGGCAGUCCCGAUGCCCGUGAAGAGAUUGAUCUGUGCACGUGUAAUAGAACAGAGCGCUCUCAGCCCAGUUCUGUUCAAGGGAAUGAAUCCGUAACACUAUGUUCCCACUGUUCAAACAGUGUUUCAAGGGAUCAACAACUGCAAGAUAGGACUUCUGGGAGCUGGGAAGGACAGCAACCAUCCACUAGUCAGUCUUCCCCAGCAGUUGGUUCAGAAAAUGCAUUCCUCACGCCACAAGGUGGAAUGUACAGGACUAAUACAGGAACAGAACCAAGCACAUCAUCUGCUUGCCAUAGAGAGAAUGAAGAACAUAACUCACAGAGGCCCCUAACUCGGGCACGAACAAGGCUUUCUCAAGUGCCACUAAUGUCUGAUGGAGGUGAGUCCUUCAGCAUGUAUAUUUAUUGCCAUGUUAUAGGGGAAACAAUUUAAAGAUAAUAUCUUCUUGGAAAGAAGUUCUUGAAUGUCAACUAAAAUGAAUUAUGCAGAUAUACAAUAGAAAUGCAGUUUAUUGCAAUUAUUGGCUACAUGGCUAUUAAAAAUCUCAUCCUCAAGAAAUGCAUUAUCUGUGCUGUGGUGAUUCACUUUUUUGUACAUCUCUUUGAAAAGUGUCAGCUUAUGUGAGAUCCACCUCUGUCAAAUGUUAAUCAAACAGUUCGGUUCACUGGGCACAAGUCACAGCCUCCAAGAGAGCCAAAAACUGUGUACUUUUUGCUUAUCUGAGCUAUGCACUGACGUGCCAACUUAUUGACUGAGAGCACUUAAUUGGCAUUCUCCACCAGUGAGCUAAGUAAGUCCUGCACUGCUGGAUAGAGUCUGGUGCCAGGUAAAUUGGUAAACAAGCACCAGGGUCAUCCUGGCACUACGUGUUAUGAUUUUUUGAGUAUUUCUUUAAAAACAAAAAUUUAAAUGAAGGCAACAUAAAAAAACUGAAUACAAUUGAAUUUUUGUACUCUUUAAAAUUGCAGCUUGUGGUAGACAAUGUGAUAACAUUUCAACAUUUAUAUAUUCAAGGAAGCUGAUUAAUGACCAAUCGGCAUGCAGUCAUUUUUGUCGGUGAGAAUCAUUACUGUUAAAAAGAGAUGAUUUUUGGAGCGCUCUUUACAAAUGUUAAAAUUAAGUUGCUACUUAGAGUUGGUAUGAUUUUGUCUCACUGCUAACACACUCUGAAAUGUGGUACCCUUAAACAAACAACAAAAUGUACAAAGGAAAAUGGUAAAUAAAGAGUGGAGCAAUAUGCCAAGAGAAGUGACUAUUUAGGUGAUAGACCCUAAAUAUCAAUUUUGUGAGGGUUGAAGUUAAUACUUACUUUUCAAUGGAUGAAUAUUAAAGGAACAUUUAUAGUCACCUAGAUUACUUUAGCUAAAUAAAGCAGUUUUAGUGUAUAGAUCAUUCCCUUCAAUUUCACUGCUCAAUUCACUGUCAUUUAGGAGUUAAAUCACUUUGUUUCUGUUUAUGCAGCCCUAGCCACACCUCCCCAAGUCACAUGCAGGGAGGUGUGACAAGGGUUCAUAAACAAAGGGAUUUAACUCCUAAAUGGCAUAGGAUUGAGCAGUGAGGCUGCAGGGGCAUGUUCUAUACACCAAAACUGCUUCAUUAAGCUAAAGUUGUUCAGGUGACUAUAGUGUCCCUUUAAGUAUUAACUAAAACCCUCACAAAAUUGAUAUUUAGGGUCUAUCACCUAAAUAGUCACUUCUCUUGACAUACUGCUCCACUCUUAUUUACUAUUUUACUUCACUCUGUUAGUCUAUCUCUAAUCAUUUCGACUUAUAAUUGAAUAUGUGGCUCCACUGUAGACACACCCCUGGACCACAUCCUUAAAAAUACAUUUAUCUAAUGUUCAUUUCAGUUCAACAGGAAUGAGUCUGACCGUUAUUUCACUUACUAGCUAAAAUAAGGAUUGCACAAUAAAAUCUCUGCCAUAAGCACUGAACUGAAAGCCAGUGAUCCUUAUGACUGGGAUUUCACUUUGCAGUCUGUACCAUAAAUAGCACAAACUGAGUAGUGAAAUCCUCGUCAUAAUUCAUAUAUGAGAACAUGGUUAAUCAAUGGCAGAACCCAAACUGUUACUUGUAAUGUUUGACCAGUAAUAGACACUCAUGCCAGUACUUCCUGAUCAGUAUGACGACUGAGACAAGGCAGUGUGGGAAAGCACGCAACUUUGGGGUUACAUUUUUCAAAAAUGGUUUAACCCCAUAAGAUUAGAAAAGAGCGACUUCAUUGAGAUAAAGUUGUUAUGGGGGUGAAGUGGAGCUGGAGUCCCUUUAGUACUCAAACUCAAGUCAAUAUUUAAAACUGUCUGCAGCAUCUUCCAAACCACCCAUCCUUUCUCGUGCAGAACUCUCAAAAUAUGUAUUUUUGGUUGGUGGGUUUUUUUUUUUUGGUUUUGUUUUGUGAUUUUUGUUUUAAAUAUUGAGAAGGAAAUAUGUAAGGGAUGCAAAGGAGAUUUAAAGGGUCAGUCUAAGUUAGGAUUAUUGCAACAUGCAUUUUUCUUAGCUUAGAGCACUGUGAGCCCACUAGAAACAUGAACUCUGAACUGGAGGGAAUGGGUAGAGGAGACAAAAAACAUAGAGCGCAAAAAGUAAAAAGGUUUUUGUGAUUAUUUAAAUCCAUUUAUUUAUAUAUUUUUUUUCUACUGGAGAUAACACUGAUUCAGCUUACUAAAACUAGUGAAGGUACUUAAUAAUUAAUAAGUCAUAUCAGUUUGUUCAUUUAAAUGUUGUGUUUAGAAUCCACGGCUUCAAAGAACAGAAAAGCUGUGAAGAGGAAAAGGACUGCAGAUAAAUCCACAAGCACAAGCGACCCAGUCAUUGAGGAUGAUCAUGUCCAGGUAACAACUUUUACUUGAUUAUAUCUUUUGACACCCUACACUGAUCAGCCACAGCAUUAAAACCACAAACAGAUGGAGUGAAUAACAUUAACCGAAGCCAUCAUUAUAAUGGAACCUGUCAAGGGGUAAGCUAUAUAUCAGGUAGAAAGUGAACAGUCAGUUCUUAGAUUUCAUGUGUUGUAAGCAGGAAAAUGGGCAAGCAAAAAGAUGUGAUCUUAACGACCUUGACAAUUUGUAAUGGCUAGACGACUUGGUCAGAGCAUUUUCGAGAUGGCAAGUCUUGUGGUGUGUUCCCAGUAUGCAGUGGUUAGUACCUACCAAAUGUGGUGCAAGGAAGAAUAGUUUGUGAACUAGCGUCAGGGUCUUAGGCGCCCACAGCUCAUUGAUGCAUAUGGGGAGCGAAGGCUACCCGUAUGGUCCGAUUGCACAGAAGAGCUACUCUAGAUGAAAUAGCUGAACAACAUAAUGCUUGACAUGAUAAGAGGAUGUUGGUAGGAGUGCAUCACAGUUUGCUACGUAUAGGGCUGCGUACCCGCAGACAGGUCAAAAUCCCCAUAAUGACCUCUGUGUACCCCCAAAAUCCCUUCAAUAGGGACUUGUGCAUCAGAACUGGAGAAUGGAGCAAUGGAAGAAAGUUGCCUGGUCUGAUGAAUCGGGUUUUCUUUUAGAUCAGGUAGAUGGUCAAGUGUGUGUGCCUUGUUUACAUUGGGAAAAGAUAGCAGCUGGAUUCACAAUGGAAAGAAGGCAGGCCGGUGGAGGCAGUGUUAUGCUCUGGACAAUGUUCUGCAGAAAAACCUUUGGUCCUGGCAUUCGUGUGGAUGUUACAUUGACCUGUACCACCUACCUACAGAUUAUUGCAGGCAAUAUACACUCCUUCUUAGCAUUGGUAUCCCCUGAUGUCAGUGGCCUCUUUUAGUAGCAUAAUGCACCCUACCAAACUGCAAAAAUUGUUCAUGAAUAGUUUGUCGAACAUGACAAAGAGUUUGAGGUGUUGCCUUGGCCUCCAAAUUCCCCAGAUCCCAAUCUGAUUGAACAUAUGUGGGAUGUGGUGAGACAACGGAUACAUGGAGGCCCCACAUCACAACUUGCAGUAAUUAAAGAAUCUACUGCUACUGUCUUAGUGCUAGAUGCCACAGAAAAAUGUUCCGAGGUCUUGUGGAGUACAUGCAUCGAUGCAUCAGAGCUGUUUUGCCAGCAUGAGGGGAACCUACAGGAUAAAAGGCAGAUUGUUUUAAUUUUGUGUCUGAUCAGUGUAUGUCCCUAGUGCAUUCCAAAAAGCCUGCAGUAGAAAUGACCUAGCACAAAAUAUUUGAAAAAUAAUUCACAACUGAGGCGUACCCAACGUUAAGCUUUACCGUCUUGCUUCCUAUCUACUACGGAUGGUUGGGUAGGCGAAAUAAGGGGUUCAGAAACCCUGGAAGUCUGUUGAAGCUCACCAGGUGGGCAGCUCCGUCACUGCCUUUCUAUGGAUGGACCCUGAAACCUACAGACCAAUAUGCACCCAACACCCACUCAUUAUGGCUACAAUAACCAUAUGGCACUCCCAGGCACCCAAACUGGGCAUCUCUUUAUUCCCUUCCCUCCCCCAUUCUCUGGUACAUAGCAAAGAUUUCAUGAGAGGUACUGAACCAGAAGCAAUAAAAUGCAUCUUUACCCAUGCACUCUCACAGAUGCAACACAUUUAUGAACCUUUAUGCAACACAUUUAUGACAGGAAAUUUAUGACCCUCAUCUGGAUACAGAAGCAGGACCCAUUCACAUUUAUGGUCAGAUUUUGAUAUUACCAAGUAUAUCUCAAAAUUACCCCAAUCUCAGACUUGUUUUGGGACCCAACACACUUUGAGCAGACUCUUUACCAUAUGCCAUUUCCUGUUUAUACACUACUUGCAACAGCAUCAAAACCUACCACACCCACCUUCCCAAUAAAAAUGUGACCAGGCACAGUGGCAAAAGAUGUUCAUACUGCACAAUAGCAAGUAAUGUGCAAAAGACAGCUGAUAAACUCCUAGCAAUGUGGUACUUGACCCCAGAACUCUUUAAGCAGUCAGCAUUGGACGGCAACUGCUGGAGGUGCAAGGUUUUGAGGGACACUCUUAUCGACAAAUUGUCGGAGUGCAGAAGCAUAGCACCUUAUUGGAGGAAAAUUACGUCCAUCAUCCAGAAAUGUACAGAUAGGCCUGCGCCGUUAUGGCCAGUCCCUUAACUCCUCCAUCACAUGACAACCAAAUUAAAAAAUCCACGAAGAUCUACAUUCUAAACACAGAAAAACAAACAGUCCCAUGAUUCUAGCAGCAGAUGACCAUGCAUGCCCAAUCACUGUGGUAUUCAAAAUUGUUAAAGUUGAGGUUCACUUCUCAGGGCAGAACUCAAACAUAUGCUGACAUCUGGACAUGAUGGAAGUCUUGAUCCUUAAAAUGUGUUUGACAUUUUUUCUGUUAAAAAAUUUAUUUAUUUCAAAGAAGGCAAAUACAAUAUUAAUAGGCUUGUUAGCAUAUCUUGCUUCCUUAUAAUAAUUUGUUUUUUUGUUUUUUUUGUGUGUGUGUGUGUGCAUGUUCUGGCAUGUUUCACUGGCAACAUAUUUGAGAUCAUAUCAGUAAAUUUAUACACUCUUAAACUCUUGCAUGUUUUUUGUGUUUCCUUUAUUACUUGCCUAUUACUCCUAGCUAUAUGAAUCUAAUUUCAUUUUACAGGUGUUGAACCUCAAAUCAAAGAAUCUUGUAGGUAUUACUCUGACAAAUUGCGGCAUUACGGACUUGAUACUUAAGGACUGUCCCAAAAUGAUGUUCAUUCAUGGUGAGUGAAUCCUUGUCCUUUUUUAGUUCUUUUUAGAAACACACCUUGACACCUUAAGAACACCGCUUCAGACGCUUAUCUUGCACUUAAAUUACUUUAGCUUAAUAAAGCAAUGUUGCUGUAUAUCAUGCCCUUUCAGUCUGACUGCUCAAUUCUCUGCCGUUUAGGAUUUAAAUCACUUUGUUUGUACAGUCUUUGGCCACACCUCCCUGCAUGUGACUUGCACAACCUUCCUAAACACUUCCUGAAAAAGAACCUAUAUAUUUUAGGUUCCCUUAUUGCACAGUGUGUUUAAUUCAGAAUUUAUUUUCUCUUGCUCUUAAUGGCCUUCUAGAUCCUGCAGGUGCUUCAUGUGUGUGAUUCAAAGUUUAGUUUACUGAGCACUACAUAAAAACUUCUAAAGCAAGUUAGCAUCUGUUUGAAAAAAAAUUUGUGCAGGCUGUGCCAGUCACAGCCAAGGGAGGUGUGGCUAGGGCUGCAUAAACAGAAAAAAAGUGAUUUUAAAUUAACAAUAUAGCAUUGGGAAUACAAAACUGUAAUCCUAACGCUAUAGUGUCCCUCUGCAUCCGCAGCACCCUGGGUUAAAAACUCUUAACACAUCUUUUCACAAAGUUAAACACUGUGAAAAUGCAAGAAACACCCCUAGUAGACAGCCAUGGGAGGCUGUCUUAACCCUGCAAUGUAAAUAUUGUAGUUUCUCUGAAACUGCAAUAUUUUACAUUGCAGGGUAAAGGGGUUAGGGACACUGCACCCAGACAACUUUAAUGGGGUGUCUAUAGUGUCCCUUUAACUCCUGUAUGGAGCAGAAUCGAGCAGAGAGACUACAUGGGGCAUGAUUUAUGCACGGAAAACGAUUUCAUUACGUUUAUAUUGUUUUGAUGCCUAUAGUAUCCCAAUAAGGACACAAGCAAAUUUUUUUGUUUGUUUGUUUUUAUUUUUUAUUUUAUUUUUUUUGCUGUUUGUCUUCAAAUUCAAUUUGCAUCUUUCUCAUUUAUUGCAAAAACAAAUAUUGUAUACUGUUUUUAAAGGACAAAAUGGGCUUCAAUUUGAUGGGACAGAUACAUGUAUAAAUUGUAAUUUCCUAUAUAAAAAAUAAAAUCAUGCUUCCCCAUUCCCCCCUUCCACAGUUUUUUUGGCAAUAAUUAUGUGUGCAUAAAUAGUGCAGCUUAAGAAAACAAAUUCAAAAUAAAUUGUUUGCUUGUUUUUUUUUGUUUGGUAGUAACAGGUCACAAAAUACAAAAAUUAAAAUACCAUUUUACUGUAGAGCGAUUUUUAUAAUUGGUAUGUUGUCUUGUAAGCUUAAAGGAACCAUUCUAGUCAGGAACACAAACAUGUCUUCCUGACACUAUAGUGUUAAAAUCACUCUUUAGGUUCCGGGCCCCCUUGCCUACCUUUGAAAAUUUAUUUAACUUAUUAUUUUCUUCAGUUCCGCGGUCUUGCUACGACUGUCCAUGCCUCGCUUUGCCUCUGUGGCUACUAUUAUCAAGUAUGAUUAUCUCAGCCAAUCCAGUUAGGCUGUUGCCCAUUCGUGGCAAAAUGCUGUACUACACCAAUAAGCAUCUCCUCAAAAAAGAUGCAUUGGGUCAGUGCAUCUCUAUGGAGAGUGUUUAGCGUCUUUAUGCAGAGUGUGGAGAUGCUAAAUAUCUGUACUGCACAUUGUGAAUUGUGAAUGACGCCCACUAGAGGUUUUACAAGGCAGUAAUGUAAACACUACAUUUUCUCUUAAAAAGCAGUGUUCACAUUUAAAAAAAACUGCAGUGAAAGAACAAUUACAUUAAGCUGCAGUUCUGUUGAUUAUAAAAUUACUACACAACAGUAUAUAUUUAUAUAAAGUAUACAUCACAUGCUAUUUCCAGAGGGUAUUUUACACAUUUUAUGUAGCCAUUUAACUUCCAAUCUCUGCUAAAUAGUGUAGCAAAAUUUUAGAUUUUUCUAUCUUUAUUAAGACAGGAGGCAAGUAUUAUGCUUUACCUCUCUUUUCUACACCUUCUUAUAGCAGCAAACAGUCAUAACAUUUUUUUACAGUGCAAACAAAUUGAAAACACCAUAAUAUACCAGAAGAGCAGGUGUAAUUAACCACUUAUCACAGUUGAGCUUAGUCUAUAUAAGGUAAUGCCGUAUUAACCCAGUCCUCUUUACUGCAAUGAUUACAAAUGUUGUAGAAUGAAAAUAAUUAAAGGGACACUAUAGUCACUGUAUUUGUUCUGUUGAGUAGAAUCAUUCCCUUCAGGCUUUUUGCAAUAAAUACAGUUUUUUUCAGAGAAAAGGCAGUGUUUACAUUACAACCUAGGGAUACCUUUACUGGUAACUUCUCAGAUGGCUCUCAGAUGCUUCCUGGGUCACUGCCAUUCAGUGUUUCCACCCUCUGCAUGGAAACACUGAACUUUCCUCAUAGAGAUGCAGGUAUUCAAUGAAUCUCUGUGAGGAGAUGCUGUUUUUGGCUUAUGCUGGCUCUGCCCUCCUUGACAGUCUCGGCCAAUCCUGUGGGAAAGCAUUGUGAUUGACUGAGAGAAUCACUUCCAAUGAUGACAGCCAAGCAGGCAGAGCCAGCAGCAGCAGCAGCAGACUGGAGUAAAAUUAUGAUUUUACUAUAUUAAAGGGAGGGAGGGGCAGUGGGGCUAGAUGGUGUACUGCAAAUUGGAUACUAAAGGUAAUCUGGAGAGAGAAGGAAUUAUCUUGAACUUUUCCUGAUAAGGACAUGUGAGACGUUGAAACUCUGUUAGAAAAAUGAUCUCUUUUCAUAAUGAAAGAAAGUAAUAAGUAAUAAUAAUAAUACGAAAUUAGUAUUCAGAAAAAUGUGGCGGUUAUACAAAAUAUAGAAUGCUGAGUAGUGGGAUAAUACUCGCCUCCUGUAAUGAUAAAAUCGUGACUUUACAUCACGAAAGUUUGAAAAUUCUAUAAUUGUAAUAAAGACAGGAGGUUCAUAUUCUGCUUGUUAAAAAAACUAAUAAUGCAUUCUAGUAGAAAAUAACCCCAAGCACACUAGAAUAAAUUUGCACAUAAAAAGUUUUUUAUACUGUGGAUAAGUAUAGAUUGCAAAAAGAAAGUGCAGAUAACAGUACAGGCAUGUAAACAAUAAAAUACCAAUAACUACUAUACAUGCAGUAGUAAGUGCUAAAAACAACCCAUAACAUAAGGGGCAUACUGACCCAAGAGCAGGAGAUAGUAGAACCUCAACGUUUCGGUGUCACAGCUUUCCUCAGGGGUGAUAUCUAACCUGAUGGUCUCUGUUCCUAUUAAUAUAACCUUUAAAAUGUCUAGGCAAUAACUGCCUGAUUAAAAACACGUGUGGUAGACUGAGGAAUAACGCCAGUACAUAAGUUGAAUCUGAACGGAGUUACUUCCAUGUUUGUCUGACGUCAGACGCAAUCAUGCGUACAAGAUAGUCGUAUCAUAUCUAUGAUGGCGCUGUGGGACCAAAAAAUCUAAUAGAAAAUCGCGUAAGCAGGACCAGGAGACCUGCUGUGCAUAGGACUGCCCAUCUCAUUACAUACAUACUAGUCCAGUCUCCCAUAUAUAAGUCUAAUAUAACAAACAGCAGGAUGGAACAUGAAUUUGUGUAAAGAGGCACUAACACACUGAAAAAGAAUAUACAUUUACCAAACAUUACUGCAUUCACUCUAUCAAAGAUUUCAGUCAUAAUGAUACAUAUCCCUCAUGAUCCAUCCAAUGUUUUGAGCAUCCAUGUGUGUGGUCUCAUGAGGGGAAGGUUUACAGUCCAGCAUAGAACUCAGAGCUCCAUCAGCUGUUCCAUGGCCAUUUGAAACAGUCUGAUUUUUAAACAUACCCAGUCCAGCAUAGUACUCAGAGCUCCAUCAGCUGUUCCAUGGCCAUUUGAAACAGGUAGCCUUCUGGAAGACUGAUAUUUCAUUAUAUUUCUACAUACACUUGUAUGUGUAUGUUUUUGUAUUUAGUGACUAUUAUUUAGUUUUAUUAUUUUCAAUGUACACAUUUUUAUGUCUUUGUAACUAUAGCCUGUGCUAAUCAUGCAAAGUAUUUUAUCACCUUUGUCUUUGUCCAUCAUGUUAAAAAUUAGUUUAACCAGCUCAGGCCCAUAUAUCUUUCUUGUUCCUUGUUUAAUGGUUUUAUUUCCUUACUUAAAUACCUCUCUCUUAGCUCUGUAAUUCUCAGUCUUAGCGUUUGUUUUUCCUUAAAUGACCUUAAAUCAAAUGUCCAUAUAUGCACCCCCUCCCCCAUCUCUUAGCCCAUCUGACCCUAAUAUACAUCUCUCUCCCACAGUCUGAUUUUUAAGCAUACCCAGUCCAGCAUAGAACUCAGCGGUCCAUCAGCUGUUCCAUGGCCAUUUGAAACCGGUAGCCUUCUGUUGCAGGAAUCUACCGCCCACCUAGCUCCCCUGUGCAUUUCCUUUCUGACAUAGCCCAUUUCCUUAGUGAAACCAUAGCUCAAAACCCUAAAAGUGAACUGUUGGUCUUUGGAGAUUUUAAUAUUGAUUGGCUGAAUCCUAAAAAUAAUAGUUCUUCCAUGCUGUUUAAGACUUUGCAGCUAACGCAAUUAAUCUCCUCCCCAACUCGCAUAAACAUUAAAAGCCAUAACCAUACCCUGCUAGAUUGGAUUCUCUCCACUUCUCCUGAUAGAAUCCAGGAGGCCGGUGUUCUCCCAAACACUUUCAGUGAUCACUGUUUAGUGUACUGCGUGCGCAAAAUAAAGGCUAUUAAAUCCACUCCCAAAGUUAAAAUAACUAGGUCCUUCAAAAAAUGUAAUCUUGAAUCCUUUCUAAAGGACAUCAAGAACCUCCCAUGGCACAGAUUAAAAAUUAUCCCAGACUGUGCUGUUGAAUUCUUUCAGUCUGAACGCCUACAAAUUUGGAAUUUGCAUGCCCCGCUGCGUAAGGUGAGGGUAAAAGGAGCACAUAUGAACUGAAUCACAGCUGACCUCAUCCAAAUGUACCAGUUUCGGGAUUCUUUGUGGUCAAAGUUUAAGCGUACUGGCUCUUUGAAUGAUCACCAUGCAUAUAGACAAUGGCGAAAUAUAUGCACAAAACAGACAAAAUUGUCCAAGGCCCAAUAUUUCUAUGAAAAUCUGAACAAUAACAUCUCAAACCCUAGAAACUUUUGGAAAGUCAUAAAUAAACUACAAACUCCCCCAACCACUCCCAACCCUCCAUUAUCAAAGUGGAUAACCAAACCCUGCAACUUCCCUUAGAUGUAGCAAAUGCCUUUAACAAUUAUUUUGUCGGAUGCUCUACUGCCCUGAUUGCCAAGCUAAUAAAUGACACGCAUCCUGAAACUACAAAUGUGGAUCAGGUCCCACUAAAUUUGCAAAGUCCCAAUAUCGACUAGUUCAUUUUUAGACCUGUACCUGUUAGUGUCAUUGAAAAACAUCUAAAAAUGAAAAACCAGUCCGGACCUGAUCAAAUCCCAGCAAUGUUGUUGAAGCUCAGUGCGCCGGCAAUUGCUAAACCCGUCGCAACUCUAAUUAACGAAUCCUUGGUGUCUGGAUACAUACCCAAACUUUGGAAGACUGCAAGAGUAGUGCCUAUCCAUCAAAAUGGUGACACUACUUUGGUUUCUAACUAUCGCCCAAUAUCAUUGCUCCCGGUAUUGUCAAAAAUCUUAGAAAAAUGUGUCCAUACGCAACUAUGUAAGUACUACCAACAAUCAAACUAUCUGACACCUGAUCAAUCGGGCUAUCGCCAGAAUCAGUCCACUACAAUAGCCAUCUUGAAAGUUUGCAGUGACAUCCAAACUGGCAUGGAACAAGGAGACCUAACGGGAGCUAUUUUCCUUGAUUUUGCUAAGGCCUUUGAUACAGUAGACCACGACAUUCUACUGCAUAAACUCAAAAACUCAGGUAUUGGUGAUGGUUCGCUAAACUGGUUUCGAUCGUAUGUAUCGGAUCACUCGCAAUAUGUGUCCAUUUCUGAUAGCGACUCCCUCCCUCUCCCAGUCACGUGUGGUGUUCCCCAAUGUUCCAUUCUCGGCUCCCUACUAUUUACAUUAUAAAUGAUCUGCCUAAUGUCUGCAAAUCCUCACAUGUACGCAGAUGACACGGUAAUCUAUGCAAGCAAUUCCGAUCUACCGCAGCUUGAGGCUGUGCUCCAAGACCAGUUUACAGAGGUAGAGAAGUGGAUCGCAAAAAACAAACUCUUCCUGAACACUGACAAAACUGUCACAAUGAUCUUUGGAACAGUACCUAAAUUGCACAAAUUACACUAUUCCCACCUAUCUAUCAAAACAAAUUCAAAUGGCACACUGACCGCAGUCCACUCUUUCAAAUACUUGGAUAUGAUGUUAGACCCCAAUCUAUCUUUUGGCCUGCACAUAGAAAAGCCUGCAUCUAAACUUUAUCCAAAACUAGGUGCCCUAUACAGAAACAAAUCCUGCCUAAGCCCUACAGUAAAGGAAAAGAUUGUACUGCAAAUGCUGAUGCCAAUCAUUGAUUAUGGGGAUGUAGUAUAUGCAUCUGCAUCGCAAUCCCACAUUAAUAAACUCAACACAUUGUAUAACUCGUUCUGCCGAUUUGUGCUACAAUGUAAUUACAGGACUCACCAUUGUGACACGCUAAAAGAACUAAACUGGCUGUCGCUGGAAUCCAGACGCACCCUUCAUCUUUCCAGCCUAAGAGCUUUUCUGGGAAACUCCCACCCUACCUGAACACAAUGCUUUCCUCAGCUGUUCCCACUUCCUAUAACCUCCGAUCCAGUACCAACACUUUACUUAGUCUACCUCAAUACAAAAAGAAAGCAGCCCGAUACUCCUCCUCCUACAGAGCACCGCAAUUGUGGAACGACCUCCCGCACAAUUUAAAAUCUUCCCUAAGCCUAAAGUCCUUUAAGAGAUCCCUCUCUACAUACCUCAAAACAGAAUGCACCUGUCAUGGUUGAUUAUAUAUUUAAAUUUGUUAAAUUUUGUAUUUAUUGUGUAUUAAUAUUGUUUUUGUAUUUUAUUGUACCCUAAAUGUAACAAUGCAAUGAUUUGUGGACCCAGGACAUACUUGAAAAUGAGAGAAAUCUCAAUGUAUCUUUCCUGGUAAAAUAUUUUAUAAAUAAUAAUUGUGGAUUCCGGAGACCCAAUCAGCUGUUUUGAGGAUGUCAUAAAGACUACCUCAAGUAAGAUAUGCUUUAGUGGUCAUAGCUAAGAUAAAUAAGUUCCAAAAAGUGGGAUUUCAAUGAGUGAAUUGUAACAUCUAGCAAUAGUGGCAGUAGAUACUAGCAGGUAAAGUUUACGGAAAUAAAUUAAAAGUUGGAAAGAAUUAAGAUAUCUUAAUGAUUUUAAGUGUAUAAAUUUUAGGAUUUCAAUUUAUUCAUUUUUAAAUGAACACAAAAGGAUCAGGAAUAUAAUUGUACUUUCCUGACCCGAUAGUGUGAUUUUUUUAGGUUCGCUGACAAUUGCUCAGGCUCCAUGGCUGAGCUCAUCAGAAUUAACAAUUUUAGCCAAUUCAAUGCUUUCCCAUAGUAGUCCGCGACCCAGAUUUAUAUGAGAAAAAGGAAAAUUAAUCCUACUUACCAGAAAACUCUUGAUUCACACAAUCCUCUAGAUCAUUUUGAUAUCCAAGGUCUCGCUCUUUGAGGAAAAAAGGGUGAUUAAUAGUUGUAAUCAAGGUAUGAUCUGCCUCAGUAACUGGAAUGGAGGCCUCUAUAAUUUUUUUCUCUCCUAAUUAUUAUUAUUAUUAUUUUAUUAUUUAUAUAGCGCCAACAAAUCCCGUAGCGCUGCUCUAAUAAUUGCGGCAAAAAGAGUGACCUCUUCCAUCCCUACCAAAUAUUAUGUAAUGUACAACAUUUUUUGAGGAAUAAUUGGGCCUUAUCUAGAGAGGAGAAAACUCCAACAAAUUUAUUUUCUUUAUAAACUCGUCACCAAAUUAAAGGCCAUCUGCAGAAGUAUCAGGUUCUUCUGUGGCAUUCUGGAUUAAUUAAAGGACAAUUAUAGGCAACCAGACCACUUCAGCUCAAUGAAGUGGUCUGGGUGCCAGGUCUAUCUAGGGUUAACCCUGCCUGCUGUAAACAUAGCCGUUUCAGAGAAACUGUGAUUUUCACAGUGAGAAGAUGCCAGCGUCCAUAGGAAAGCAAUGAGAAAUGCUUUCCAAUGGACUGCGCAUUCAGCGGAUGAAGUCGGAAGAGGGAGGAGAGUCUCCAGCGCCGAGGGAGUCCGGCACUGGAGAAAGGUAAGAAUUUAACCCCUUCCUCCCCCUAGAGCUCGGCGGUUUGUUUUCCUGGCAUUAUAGUGGUCCUUUACGGGUCUAACUUUAUCAAGACAGCUAGUCUUCUCUCUGAGGUUACAGCUACAUUGGUAUUGCCUAAAAAGCAACACAUUCAUUUUAUCCAUGCUCUCAAAAUAUGGAUAUCUAUCACUUGACCAGCUUGGAAAGCUCUUGAUCAGAUCAAAAAUUUUUGCUAAAAAGAUAUAUCCAAUAAUCUGUCCCGACAACUCUUUAUAGAACGAUCUAUUCCCUUUUAGGGAACAUGCCUUGUUGGGUAAAACAUGCCUUGUUGGGUAAAAAAGUGUCUAGGACAUUCUGCUCUAGGUUUAUUGCAGGUAGCUCUAGCAAAAAAGAUUUCUCAUAUAAUGGAUCAUGAAUUUGGAGUUGUGAGGCAAAGAAACCCACUCAACUAAUUAAUUAAAAAUUCUUUUUUAGAUAAGAUGAACUAUCUGUUUUGAAUAAUUUGUAGAAAAUACCAGUGAACCCAUCUGUGUCUGGGGCUUUAUCUUUUUUCAAUAGAUUUAUUUGUGUAUGAAUUUCAUUUAAAGUAAUUGGUUCGGUUCAUUCAUUCAGUUGUAUCUUCGGAAGAGUCUUAUUGCCGAAGUAUUCAACAGGAUAUUUCUGAGUACAAGGCAGAUUAUAUAGCUGAUGAUAAUAGUCAUUAAAGUAAGACUAUAGGGUCAGGAACACAAACAUGUAUUCCUUACCCUAUAGUGAUGAAACCACCAUCUAGUCCCCUGGUCCCCUCUUGCCUACCUAAAUAUAGUAAAAUCUUUACUUGUAUUCAAGUCUGGAGCUGCUUGCUUUGUCCCUGUUUAAUUUUGACCAGCCCACUGCAUGCUGACAUCAUCAGCAGUGGUGGCCUGAUCUUAUUACAAUGCUUCCCCAUAGGAUUGGCUGAGACUGUCAAGGAGGCAGAUCAGGGACAGAGCCAGCGCAAUUCAAACACAGCCCUGGCCAAUCAGCAUCCCCUCAUAGAGAUGAAUUGAAUCAAUGAAUCUCAAUGAGAAAAGUUCAGUGUCUGCAUGCAGAGGGAGGAGAUACUGAAUGUUUGGAGGCAUUUUAGGCAGCAAUGACCCAGGAAAGAUCUCUAACAGCCAUCUGAGAAGUGGCCAGUGAAGUUAUCAUUAGGCUGUAAUGUAAUCGCUGCAUUUUCUCUGAAAAGACCAUGCUUACAGAAAAAAGGCUGAAGGGAAGGAUUCUACUCACCAGAACACAUUCAAUAAGCUGUAGUUCUGGUGACUAUAGUGUCCCUUUAAAGGCCUUCCCAAUCUUUUCUGGGGAUAGACAUGUCUCAUUUUUAUAUAUAAUUUUAUACAAAUUCCAGGCGCCAGGGAUGUGUGAGCCCCUUCUGCCCCUGAGGUGACCUGUGGCCUAAGAUGGGAGGCGGAAGGCGACUCAUGGUGGGCAGAGGUGGGUGGGCAGACGGCUUAUGUAGCAAGAAGUGCUGAGGCAGGCAGGAGUGAGGGAGCUAUGAUGUUCCUGCUCUGCGCCCUCUCCAGUGAUGGACGUCACUCUGGAGAGGGAGCAGGAAAAUGAUCAGAGCAGCACUGGACCCAAGGAAAAGGUAGGGAGGCUCGGUGCACAAAUUUAAAUAAAACAAAUAAUUUGUGAGCACAUAUGAAAAUGUGUUCUUGUUGAAGUAUCAGUGAGUGUGUGUGUGUCUGUCUGUUUAGGUGACCGACCCCUCCAAUCGCAUGGGAAUGGUGCUUUUACUGACUUUUUUUCCAGCGCCGUGCCUGACUUACCAUAGCUGAAAUCGUCAAUCUUGGUUCCAAACUUUUUUUUUUUAGCUAGCUCCUAAAUUCCAAGCAAAUUUGUCAAGCCCUGCUUUACUCUUCAUACUUUACACCCUCCUCUUACUCAUAUUUGCAUCCAUAAUGUCCAGACACUGUUAUGGAAGUUGUGGUGUUGUGGACUCUAUAGGCGUCUAUAGUGAAUAUAACAUUAAUUCAAAAGGAAACAUGAUUUUAACAUUUUUUUUUUUCUGCCUUGGUGUGAUUUCCAGCUACUCGAUGUCGAGUUCUCAAACAUUUGAAAGUAGAGAAUGCUCCCAUUGUGAAUCGCUUUGAUUAUGCUCAGUGUAAGAAGCUGAAUAUGGAACAAGUGCUGGACCAAAUUCUUAGGAUGCCACCAGAGAGAAAUCGAAUAAUAUAUCUGCGCCCAAUGCAACAGGUGAGUCACAACUCCUUUUCGUCUGUCACCUAACCUGCAGUGUUUAAUAACAUAAUCUGGCAAAACAGCAAAGGUUUCUGGGAGCUAUCGUAGAAUGAUCAGCCUUAUAGGAAAUCCUAAAAAUAAUUCACUGCUAGAACCAAGACUGCACAAAAAGCUUUUAGUCAGCAGCCCCAAACACACCAUGCUUACAGACAGGCAGUUUGACUUCUUUAAUCUGUGUGUGUGUUAGUGAGGCACAGUUAUAAUCACUGCAAAGUAAGUGUCUGGGCGGGCACUUUAAACCUUACAGUUGUAGACUAAACAUAGUUAACAGUUGCAAACAAGGAGGUUCCUAAAAGGUUCCUGAUUGGCCUAGCUACUUCCUGGUUUGGGAAAUGCUAACAGAAUAUGCACAGUUGCACAAAAACCAUGAACUUUGAAUGUGCAUAUCUUUUUAUUUUUAAUGUAUUUAUCGUUUAAUAUUUUGGAUUGACUGGUUUUUAAUAUUUUUAAAUGCAUUAAUUGAUCCAUGGAGUGCAACUUUUAUUGUCCUGAUUAAACCCUGAUGUCAUCUAUCUGUUUUAACACGGUUCAUAACCAACCACUUUUUGAUUGAUUGAAAAAGCUAUUGGAAUAACGUUUAUUUGAAGCAAUUGAUGCAUAGCCAUCAUUUAAACAUAACUUAACACAACAAUUCUGUGUAUAGAUUGCUUGGCUGACAAAUUUGAAAAAAAAAUACAAUUAUGUAAAGUUUUGCUAUUUUUCUUAUUCUUUUAUUUGUUCAUUCUCAUACAAAAAUAUUUGGGAAAUGAACAGCUUAAGACUGUAUAUAACGUUCUAUAUCUUACAAUAUUCCAGUGUCUGAAAUAUUCCAGUGUCUGAAAUAUUAGUUUAAAACCCAAAAGUGCAUUUUGUUCUCACAUACAGUUGGUGUAACAAAUAGAUAAAUAAAAUGUACGGUUAUGGUUAAAUUUAUAUAUUUGUAAAAUUGCUAUAGCAACUUUUAUCAAUCACUGGACUGCUAUUGUAUUGCUCACAGUGAAAUUGUAGAGUUCACUCUCUCCUUCAUCAUCACUGAUUGUAUGAAUAAUAUGACCAUUGAAACUUCCUGUUGAAAAGCCUACAGGGGCAAGCUAUAGACACCAGAACCACUACAUUAAGCUGUAGUGGUUCUGGUGACUAUAGUGUCCCUUUAAGAAUUGUAACUUUCUCGUAAAUUAAAUUUCGCUAGUUUAAAAAAAUAAAUGGCUUCUCACUUUUUUUUUAGCUGGCUCCUUGAUUCCAAACAAAUUUGUCAAGCCCUGAUUUACAGUAAUGUUAUCAGUAACUUGUGAUUUCUUACAGAGAAAUAUUACCCUACAACAUUAUUCAUAACUAGAGUUUAGGCUUAAUGGCCUUUUUUUAAUUAUUUUAUUAUUUUUUUAAUACAUAGAAACAUAGAAUGUGACGGCUGAUAAGAACCAUUCGCCCCAUCUAGUCUGCCCAGUUUUCUAAAUAUUUUCAUUAGUCCCUGGUCUUAUCUUUUAUCUAGGAUAGCAUUAUGCCUAUCCCACGCAUGCUUAAACUCCUUUACUGUGUUAACCUCAACCACUUCAGCUGGAAAGCUAUUCCAUGCAUCCACUACCCUCUCAGUAAAGUAUUACUUCCUGAUAUUAUUUUUAAACCUUUGCCCCUCUAAUUUGACUAUGUCCUCUUUUUGUGGUAGUUUUUCUUCUUUUAAAUAUAGUCUCCUCCUUUACUCCAUUGAUUCCCCUUAUGUAUUUAAAUGUUUCUAUCAUAUCCCCCUGUUUCGUCUUUCCUCCAAGCUAUACAUGUUAAGAUCCUUUAAGCUGUCCUUGUAAGGUUUAUCCUGUAAUCCAUGAACCAGUUUAGUAGCCCUUCUCUGAACUCUCUCUAAAGUAUCAAUAUCCUUCUGGAGGUACAGUGUCCAGUACUGCGUACAAUACUCCAAGUGAGAUCUCACCAGUGUACUGUAUAAUGGCAUGAGCACUUCCCUCUUUCUACUGCGAAUACUACCCUAUACAACCAAGCAUUCUGCUAGCAUUUCCUGCUGCUUUAUUACCGUAUAAGUCGAGUUUUUCAGCACAUUUUUUGUGCUGAAAAACCCCCACCCAACUUAUACUCUAGUUAAUGUCUGUAUUAUGGCAAUUUACAUUGCCAUAAUACAGACCAGGACCGCCGGGCUCAUUACAAGCCCGGCGGUCCUGUUGGGGGCUGGCAGAGAGCUGUUACUUACCUUUCCUACAGCUCCUGUCAGCUCCCUUCUCUCUCCUCUGUUCCGGUCAGCUCCACUGUAAAUCUUGCGAGAGCCGUGGGGAACGCUCCGCGUGGCCGCAAGACUUACAGUUGAGGAGAAGGGAGCUGACCGGAACAGAGGAGAGAGAAGGGAGCUGACAGGAGCUGCAGGAAAGGUAAGUAACAGCUCUCUGUCAGCCCCCCUCCUACACAGCCCAUCCACUGGACCACCAGGGAAUGAGAGCCAGUCUCCCUGGCCAGCUAACAAGCAGGGAGGUGGGUCGAAAAUAAAUAUAAAUAAAAAAUUAAAUAAUAAUAAUAAUAAUAAUAAAAAAAAAUAAAAAAAUAAAAAAAAAUAUAUAUAUAUAUAUAUAUAUAUAUAUAACAAAUAAUAAUUACAAAAAAUAAUAAAAUGCCCCACCAAGGCUCUGCAUCACAUACACACAUUGCACUCAUACACACACACACACUGCACUCAUAUAUACACACACACACUGCACUCAUAUACAUACACACACACACUGCAUGCAUUCAUACACACACACACUGCAUGCAUUCAUACACACACACACACACUGCAUUCAUUAUAUACACACACACACACUGCAUUCAUUAUAUACACACACUGUAAAUAAAUAUUCAAUUAAUAUACUUUUGGGGGGGAUCUAAUUUUAUUUAGAAAUUUAUCAGUAGCUUCUGCAUUUCCCACUCUAGUCUUAUACUCGAGUCAAUACGUUUUCCCAGUUUUUUGGGGGUAAAAUUAGGGGUCUCGACUUAUAUUCGGGUCAACUUAUACUUGAGUAUAUACGGUACAUUGUCUGCCUACCUUUAAGUCAUAAUAAUUACAUGUAUGCAAAAUACAUGACAAUAUAAACAUUUAUUCUCUAUUUGGGUAUUGACGGGGUUAAGUUUCAAAAAGCUAAUGUGUUGUCUUGUUGUUUUACCGCAGGUAGACACAUUAACAUUGGAAAGGAAGAUGUUUAGUGGACCAUACCCAUAUCAUAUAUGUAUCAUACAUGAAUUUAGCAAUCCUCCUAACGUCAGAAAUAAAGUCCGUGUUCGGAGCUGGAUGGAUACUAUAGCGAACGUCAAUCAGUAAGCAUGUUAAUUCAUAUUCUCACACUUACGAUUGUUAUGCUCACUUUUGUGUCUCACAUGACAAGUGUAAAUUCGAUUUGCGUACUUAUAAAGAUGUACAUCUGUGCGUACAUCACUGCAUUUAUAGAACAUUUAAUGUUUAUACUAGACUUAUUUGCUUUAUACCAUUUUGCUCUAUGAUUUUUGAAUUACAGUUGCGUAUAAAUCAGUUGAAUCUUAAAUUAUAUGAAACUGAAGUUUAUCCGCGCUUAUCCACAAUUUGCAUAGGUUUCCUCCACAUUAAAAUUACAUUUAAUAGGUAAACCCUAAUCUUUUGGAUUCUGUUCAAUCAAAUACAUUGAUCACUGUUGGGACAAUAAUAUUUUGUCCUGUGUUACAUAAUCUGCAAUACUAUCCACCAAACCUCUCUACAUUUUCUAAAUGCUAAUAAUGACAGCAACAUUUUUAGAAAAUAAUAAAUUAAUAUUGAUUUUUAUUUUUUUUCCUGUAUUUCUUUAGGGAACUUAUUAAGUAUGAAUUCUUUCCUGAAGCUACUCGGACUGAGGAGGAUGUUAAGAAAUAUACAAAGUACCCCUGGGGUCGAGAUAUUUACACUCUGGAAGGUAUUAAACAUUUGUGGGGUUUUUCCUAUUGUUAUAAAAAUAUUUCCUUAAGAAAACAAAGUAAGAAAAAAAAUGCUUAGUGACACUUUAUUCGAAGCAGUAUUUUUACUUCAUAUAGCAGGGAACAAGUUAGAGACACUGUAGUUUUUUUGGGAGAAAGAAAAUUGUAUAUAAUCGGUAAAGGAAUUGCUGGAAAUUGUUAUUCAUCCGUACACCCAUUCAUUCCACCGGGCACAACUUUGCUGCCAUUCCUCACAUCAUUAUUCUGUUGGUACGAUUGCUUCCUUGUUUUUAUUUCUGUAAUAUUUACUCAAUACACAUACAUUAUUUAUGUCAUUCUCUUAUUUAUUCUGCAUUUAUGUAGUGCCCUUUUGAGUCUUUGGACUCUGAAUUAUUUUAAAUCAUAAUUAAAGGUUAUCAGCUAGAAUAAUGAACUAAAACCUUUUCAAAAAUAAACCUGCAACAGGAUCUCUGUCCCCUAAAUAUAAGCCAACAAUAACCAGGUUCAGACAUCUGUCGGUAAUGUCUAUCAUACCUGAGGGGAGCUAUAGUGGCCUGUAUUGAAGGGCCUGAAAUCCUAUAGACUAGAGCAGUGGUUCCCAACCUGUUUUCACUUGUACCCCUUGGCAGCGCUUUCCAUAAAUGGUACCCCUCAUAUGUGUGAAAUGUCCCAUUUUCCUCUGCCCCGGACUCUCCCUGCUCGUUUUUCUGCCCCGGGCUCUCCCUGCUCGUUUUUCUGCCCCGGGCUCUCCCUGCUCGUUUUUCUGCCCCGGGCUCUCCCUGCUCGUUUUUCUGCCCCAGGCUCUCCCUGCUCGUUCUCUGCCCCGGGCUCUCCCUGCUCGUUCUCUGCCCUGGGCUCUAGCAAAGAUGAAAUUUCACAAACUGACUUAUUGCAAAGGUAGCAUCCCAUCACAGUCCCACGCUUGAAUUCACUGAGCUCUUCAGAAGGAUCCAUUUUUUUUCACAAAUGUUUGAAAAUGCAGACGGCAUGAUUAGUUACUUGAUUUUAUACACCUGUGACAAUGGGUCUGAUUGUCGCACGUGAAUUCAAUAAUUAAGAGGUUUGUCCCAAUGCUUUUUUCCAUAUAUUGUGUUGAAACCAUUGACAGAUGAAAUGGCACCUGUCAAGGGGUGGGAUAUAUUAGGAACAUAAGUUCUUGAAUUUUUAUGUGUUGGAAGCAUAAAAAAUGGUCAAGUGAAAAUAUCUGAGUGACUUUGACAAAGACCAAUUAGUGAAGAUUAAGAUGCCUGGGUCAGAGCAUCUACAGAACAACUAGUCUUGUGUGGUGUUCCUGGUAUGUAGUGGCUAGUACCUACCAAAAGUUGUGCAAGGAAGGACGAUCGAUAAACCGGCAUCAGAGUAAUGCUUUUUUUUGUCACCAUUUUCUUUAGGUGUUGUAGAUGGUGCCCCUUACUCUAUGAUCACAGAUUUCCCAUGGCUGCGCUCACUCAGGACAGCAGAACCAAACAGUUAUGCCAGAUAUGACUUUGAAGAUGACGAAAAAAGUAAGAUACAACUGUUAAUUAUGCUUUCUAUUAAAUGGCAAUGCUAAUUUGCAUGUUUAUAUUCUUUAUUUUAUGAUGAUCUGAUAUGUUAUAGCAAGCUAGUUUAUUUGAAAUUACAUUUAUUUAUUUUUAUUUUUACAAAAUCACAGCAAUAGUAUGCAGAGAUACAAUCUUCAUCACUCCUAUGCACUAAAACAUCCAUAAUUUUGCAGUCCUAGAUAAAUGCACAGUUCUGCUACAGCCAGUCCUCCCUUACACAUAAUUUCCAGGGCAUUGAAUAGGCAUAUAAGUGCUAGUUACCAGCACAAGGAGAGAUAUUAUCCUUUAAAAAGAAACGGUCUUCCUGCAAAAUCCAUAUUACUAAUUAGUCUUAUCCUCAUAAAUAACUGUUAUCACUUUUCUGGAUGUUUGGCUCUUUUUGUUUUUCUGAAGCAAAGCUAGCUGUAACAUAAUUUUAUAGCGUCUAUAAAGCAAAUCAGAUGCAGCAAAUCUAAAAUUCUGAAUACUUAGCUGAUCUGCUGCUUCUUCUGUGGCAUUUACAGAGACCUCUUGGCUCAUCCUAAUCCUCCUAUUGUUUUGAUGGGACAGCUGUGUAUGCAUCAUAAACCUUUGCAUAGUUCAGCUUUUGCAUGACAGUCAGUAUGAAGAACACGUACAGAGAAGAGGAGAGAAAUAAAGGGACACAAUAGGCACCAGAAAUGUAACUUCAGGAAUCAGUUUUGGUGUAUACAUCAGGCCUCUGCAAUGUCACUGCUCAAUUCCUUAACAUUUAAGAAUUAAAUCCCUUUUGUUCCUGCUUAUGCAAUCCUACCCACACCUCCCCUGGUUGCGAUUCACAUUUUUCCAUGGGCAAAAAAAAUAUUUUCAAUCAGAUUUUAAGCAGCACAGUGUUUUUACUUUAGAAGUUGACUCCUGCUCUGUUAAUUAAUCUCUGUUGCUGUUAAAAAAGUUUAGAUAUUUUUUAAUUUUUUUUGGAAUUGUGUAGAGUGGCUGUGUGAGUCGGGGUAUGUGUGUCUAGGGUUGCAUAAACUAAUUCAUUUGACAAAUAAAUGGCAGAUAAUUGACCAUUUACACUGCAUUGGCAUGGUGCCUACACCAAAGCUACCUAAAUAAAGCUCAAGUUGAUUUGGUGCUUAGAAUGUCCCUUUAAAGAGUGUUUGUUUCUCUUUCCACUUCUGAUUUGCAUUGUGUGCCAUAGCUGUUCCUUGUUGCACAUAGAUUGUAAUGUAAUUUGCUAAAUCUUUUACUAGUAUAAUAAAAAGAAAACAGAGCUUCAAAUUAAAAAAAAAAAUAAAAAAAUUCCAGAAAAAGUGACAAUUCCUUUUAACGUGCAUUUUUUUGUUUGAACACCAGCAACAUACAGUCAUUGAUGGUUUUUAUCAUGUGUUUGUGAUGGUUUUUUUUUGUUUGUUUUUUUGUUUUUAGCUACCAUUUAUGCACCACGAAGGAAAGGGCAACUUUCAGCUGACAUUUGCAUGGAAACAAUUGGCGAGGAGAUAUCAGAACUGCGGCAAAUGAAAAGGGGUAUUUUUCAACGUGUUGUGGCUAUCUUUAUUCACUAUUGUGAUGUUAACGGAGAGCCUGUGGAAGAUGAUUACAUAUAGGAAAAGGACAUUUACCUGGCCAAAACAGUGCUUCUCACUGCUACAAUUAGCUGGUGUCUCAGAGGAAAAGAAACUUUAUCAGCAAGCAGUGGACCAUGAGCUUAAUUAUUUGAUGCAAGGAAAGACUGGUAGUUGCACAUUGAUUAACCAUUUGCUCAGAAUAAGACCAGCAAAAAUAAAGUAUACAUAGGCGGCAUAAUUGGAACCAGUGUACCCUGAAAAUGCUCCCUUUGGCUUUAAGUCUUCCUAUUAUUUAUAAAACUACCCAAGUUUUAUUUUCAGUAAAACAGAAAUGCAGAGUCAUUGGGAAGACUGAAAUGCAAUUCAAGACUGCUGCUGUUCACCAUUUGUAGGUUAUUUUGCUUAGUGGGUACCAUCUUGUUGGUAAAUAUCAGUCAGUGUGCUUGUUGAUAUUUACAUUCUAUAAAAUGAAGAUAUUGAUUACUUUAAUAGCAGUCUGCUUUGCCACUAAAUCCAUCUGCUGACUAAGAACAUAGCAGAAACUUCUUGGUAAAAAAAAAAAAAAAAUGUUCAUCAUGGACAUGACAACAAAAGUCAGGAAUGGGUUACUCCAGGAUUGUCAAUUAGGACAGCUUUAGGGGUACUCGUAUAUAUUAAGCUAAAAGAAGGUUGUUAAGCAGGAUUUGUAAAUAUGUUAAAUAUUUAGCCAGACUUGAUUUGGUCUAGCAUUAAAGUGUAAUUGUGAAUUAGCUGAUCGGGUCCAUUUGAAUCGGGUCAUACUUCCCAUUUUUGGUGGCCUUGACAAGAAAUAUUUUGCAAGAAUUGUCCACUUUCAAUAAAAAAAAAAAAAUCAAGGUAAUCAGUGAUUUGUGAAUCUUACUUAGCUUUAGUGUUCUAUUGCCUUUAAAACCACAUGUUUUGGGGGGGGGGCUAUAGCAGAAAUAAAUUCAAAUCCUCGUAUUGCAGUGGCAACAACAUGGCUCCCUAGAACUUUACUGGUUACUUAGCUGUUUACAUAAAAAAUGAAGAUCAAAGACUUUGAAUAAUUUUUUUUAUUAUGGUUUAAAUCUUGGUUUUCUUUUUGCACUGAAUUAAGGCUGGAUUAGUUUAAAAGCCAGUUUAAGAUUUAAAGAAACAAUGUAUAUUGUUCAACGUUUAUUUUUCUGCCUACAAUUUUUAUUUCUAUUUGCACAUGAAGUUUGUGAUAUGAUUGGUAGGUGCUUUUUAACUACACCAUAUUCACCCUCCCAUUUGUUUGUUUGAAGUAAAUAUGCAAUGAAAUCCAUUUUUGUGCCUAAUUCCAUAUUGAUAAACCUGUAACAAAGCUGUAAACUUCCUAAAGAUUUUUAAGGGCAUGGGAUGUGCCUUUAUAUAUUUUUGUGUAUUUUCCAUAUUGUUUCGUUGAUGCAUUAUAUCUUUAGUAUAGUGCCUUUUAAAGCAAAGAAUUUAGCCAAUUGCAAUAGGGUCAUUGAAUAUCUAAUUGAAUACUAAUCUUGAUGUUCACAGCUAUAAACAGGGCACAUAUCCAUGCAAAAGGGUAUUAUAAUGUUGACUUGGUGUUACUGUAUUUGCACUUAUAAUCCCUUCAUAACCAUGGGUUAUGACAAUACCUUUUUGGAUGACAGUCUGCUGGCAAAUAAUCUGCCGUGAUUGGUUUAAAGCAUGUAGUUCUGGUUGUGUGGCCUCUGUUACAUACAUUGAGGUGUAUUAAUAGGCUUAAUAUAUUUGCUUUUAACCUUCACAUGUACAGGAUUGGGUCAAGGGCAAUAGUUUAGUUGGCUAUGAUUGAUGACCGAAAACUCCCCAACACAAAUUGUCUGUUAAACCAAACGCUUUCAGAGAAGGUGAAUGAGUAGUGUCUAUUAUGUGAUAAGAGUCCCAAAGGAACCAUGCUACUACUUUCAUUUGUUAAAUAAUAAUUCUGGAACAUAGUGCAGCUGCGUAUUUAUAUAGACCAAAAGGUGUUUUUAACAUGUCUGAAAGUGUUGAAAUGUUUUUUUUCCCCUCUCAAAGGAAUAAGUAUCAUUUUGAGACCUGUCUCAUUCAAACGCUUUAGCUUUGAAUGAGACAAUUGCCUCACUAUGCAGGCUUCAAAAAGCAGGUAAAUAUGAUUUUUUUUUUCUUACAUGUUAUCUGCUUCUUUCUUUCACACCCACUACAAUGGGGAUACUGAUUGAACCUAUCAGUGUCUUCUCCUUAAGAAUGCUGGAAAAAUGCAUUGAACUAUUUUAGAGCAAUGACCAACAGUGCAAUCUGAC